CGCAGGGCCGGGGCAGAGGCGCUGCUGGCCGGCUCGGGCGUCGGCGGCCUCCCGAGGGAACAAAGGGCGCCCGGCCAUGCCUCCUCCGGCCCGCCGCCCUGGACGCGCGCCCUGGACGCUGCUGCUGCUGCCGCUCUGCAGCCUCUGCGGGAUCUGCACCCCGAGCCCGGACAGGAGGUGAGGGAAGCGGCAACGGAGAGACCGAGGGGGUCCCCCAGGCGCCCCGGCCCCGGGCUCCGGAGUGCGCGCAGAGGGAGCCUCCGGGAUGCCCUCGCUGCAAGAAGGAAGGAGGGGAGCGCUCCCGAGCGCGUGCAGAGGGCGCAGGAGUUCCGCCUCUUGCUCGCCUCCGGGAAGCCCUCGCUGCAAGAAGCAAGAGGAGUGCUCCCGAGCGUGUGCAGAGAGCCCAGGGGCUCUUGAGCAUGUGCAGAGUGACCUCUCGCUCACCUCCGGGAACCCUGGAGCAGGCAGAGGGGGAAGAGCCAAGGGGAGUGUUCCAGAGCGUGUGCAGAAAGCCCAGGGGCUCUUGAGCAUGUGCAGAGUGACCUCUCGCUCGCCUCCGGGAACCCUGGAGCAGGCAGAGGGGGAAGAGCCAAGGGGAGUGUUCCAGAGCAUGUGCAGAAAGCCCAGGGGCUCUUGAGCAUGUGCAGAGUGACCUCUCGCUCGCCUCCGGGAACCCUGGAGCAGGCAGAGGGGGAAGAGCCAAGGGGAGUGUUCCAGAGCAUGUGCAGAAAGCCCAGGGGUUCCUGAGCGCGUGCAGAGACACCUCUUCCUCUGCUCUGCGAAUUCUUCAGGGGGAAGAACCAGGGAGGGGGGCGUUCUGGGGCAUGUGCAGAGAGCCUCUGGGAGGCUGCAGAGAGGAACGAGCCCAGGGUUUGUUCCUGAGCAUGGGCAGAGAGCCCUCUUCCUCGUCUCCAGAACCCAACUGAGCUGGUUGUCAGCCGAGAGGAGCAUCUUCCUGCCUCAGAUGCUGGGUGGAAUUUGGCCGCAUCCUGCCGACCCACGCAAAGGAUGGGGGUCCAGGAAAUGUCCCCCUCCCAGGCCAAACUGCACCCUGGCCGGCCCCACAGAGCCCCUAACUUCCAUGCACAACAUUGCACCGUUUUGGGGGGUGGCAUAUAAUUUUGAAUCCACCUUUGCGUUCCCCAACACCCUUCCUUUGCCCUAACGGGGUGUGGGAAAGGUCAGGGACCCCCCCCCAUUUCUGAACUGGUCCGUUAGGACAGAACAGCUCUCCUCUCGCCCCCAAUCUGACGGCCGGUUUCUGGGCCUCCCCAGCAGGGAGUUUCUGAGCUGCUGUUUUCGCACUCGGAUCCCCGAGGCAACCGUUACAGCAGGAACUGAAGGAGCUCCCUUUGGCCUCAUCCUGUGGGCCAGGCUCCCCUUAGGAUUCCUAAAUGGAGCCUCCAUAGACAGAGCCAGUCUAUCUCAGAGGAGAGGAAGACUUAAUCCUCAGGGCUAGUUCUGACGCGUGGCUUUAAAAAGGCCAAUUCAUGGCGGACAAGGCUGCCCAUGGCUAUUACGCUCCGGUGUCCCAGAAUCGUAGAUUUGGAAAGGGACCCCCAGGGGUCAUCCAGCCCAACACGCUGCAGAGGCAGGAAUCUCAGCUCAAGCAUCCAUGACUGAUGGCCUUCCAACCUCUGCUUGGGCACCCGCCACCUCCCAUCCCACAUCUCUGGACCAUCAGAAAGUUCUUCCUGGUGUUGAGUGGGAAUCGCCUUGCUUGUCGCUGGGAGCCGUGGGUUCGAGUUCUGCCCUCCGGAGCAGGAGGAAACAAGCUCUCUCUUCCAUGUGAGAUAUCGGAAGGUGACUCUCCCAUCUCCUCCCAGGCUAAACAUCCCCAGCUCCUUCAACCGUUCCUCAUCAGGCUUCCAGACUGACCAUCUCGGUCUCCCUUUCUUCCCACCUUCCAGCUUCUCAACAUCCUUCUUAAAUUGUGCUGCCCAGAACUGGACACAGGAUUCCAGGCGGGGUCUGUCCAAGGCAGAAUACAUUGGCGUUCAUGACUCUCCUUCCUUGAAGGUUUUUAAGUGGAGGUCAGAGGGUCCUCUGUCCGCGAUGCUUUAGCUGAGAUUCCUGCAUUGCAGGGGGUUGGACUGGAUAACCGCUGGGGGCCCCCUUUCCAAAUCUAAAAUUCCAUGAUAGUCUAACCUCUGCAUCAAAGUCGCGCAAGCAAAGCAAGACAAAUACUCUGUAAUACUCAAAAUAGUCCGGCAUGAAAAGCCCCAAACACGGUUCCAUUGGUGAUUCUGAGUCAACUCCCUGGGACAGUUUAUUGUUGUACAUUGUUUCUAAAUUUAGUGUUGUAUAUUGUUUUAUUUGUCUGUUUAACCAUAUCUGCACAGCAGUUUUUAAUGUUGUGGGUGUCCUCUAUUUAAGAGGCUUCUACUCUGCAGCCUCUUAUAGUUGUUUUAUCUGCGAAUCUUUGUUGGUUUUUAGCUCUCAUCUGUUUUAAUUAUUAGUUUUUUAUCCAUCCAUUAUCUGUGUUUAAUCUUGUAUUUUAUUCGGAUGUUUUAUACCUGUUUCCUUGUCCUCAUUUGCCCUAGCAAUUAUCGGUCAAAAAUCCCAACUGCUAUUUUAUCUAUAUGCUUUUCUUAAUCCUGGUCUGUGACCGUAAUAAAGUUCAUUCAUACUCUGUAAUAAACCGGCCAUCCAGGGAGCAAGUCCUAAAGUUACAAAACUGGAAAUCUCCCAUAAGCUGGAGAAAACCAGCCAGUGAUAGCUCAGCCGGUCAAGUGCGAGGCUCUUAAGGUUGUGGGUUCGAGUCUCACAUCGGGCGGAAGACCCUUACACUGCAAAUAUUUCCUCGUUUUUUGCCCUCUCGCUACACCGGUCCAGAAAAGGCGGUCGAGGUUUUGCAGAUUUGAGCUUCUCAUUGCUUGUUUCUUGAUCUGGGCCGGUCCUGAGCGCUGCCUGUCGCCCGGGAGAUCUCUUGCAAUGAGAUCUCCAUGGCGAUGGAUCCCGCUGAGGGGGCAGGAGUGUGCAAUGUUUGGAAUUUGGAGGGGAGGAGGGAGAAAGGCAGCCUUCGCUCCUCGCGGGGCGCCUGUUAACCUCCGGCGAAAGAGACUCGGCUGGCGAAGUGGAAUUAUGUUUCCAAAAGCGCAUGACGCGAAGAGCUGUCUUGCACGAAGAAGGCCCAUUGGGGAUGGGAUGGGCUGAGCAGCGGGGAGAGGGGCUGCGGAGGAGAAUCACGACCGGAGAAUUUGAAACGCAUGUGUGCGUCGUACAAUGUGCCGUCGGCGCCUUGCUGGUGAGUUUAGACUAAAAGACGCGGCACAAAAGGGGAAGGCAGCGAGGCGGGAGGAGGAAAGAAGAGCACUCGGGCAAAGGGGGAAUAGUUAACUUUGGGGGGCCUUCCCUGGGCUGGCAGGCUUUCUUCCGUUUCCAUGCAUUCUGCCCCACUGAUGACACAAAUGCAGUAAGGGUUAAGGUGGGACCACCGUCUACAUGCCAUUCCGCUUUUUUAAGUUGUUUCCACCUGGAGGGGCUGGGAAGAGGGAACAGGGCUUUGUGAGUGGGGAGAAUCGGUGGCAGAAAGAGUUCAGAAUCAGAGGCAGGAGCAGAAGCAGGAGAGGAGGGAAGCCAAGAGGCAGAGAGGGGUUUCUUCCCCCUCCUGCGGCAAGAAUCUCCCUUCCCUAGUGGUCUCCCAGGACCAAUAGCGGCAUGAAAAGGGCGCAGGAGAGGUGGGAUUGCUGGCAGGCGCGGUCUCCGAUUGCUUGGGGAAAGCCCCAGAGAGAAGGGGAGGCAAGGAACUCCAGUCUGGGCUGGUGAUUUUCUAGUGAAAGCCCUAAACAGCCUUGGCCCAGUAGACCUGAAGGAGCGUCUCCACCCCGGACACCAGGGUCCAUCUCGCGAGGACCUUCUGGCGGUUCCCUCAUUGCAAGAAGCCAAGUUACAGGGAACCAGGCAGAGGGCCUUCUCAGUGGUGGCGCCUUCCCUGUGAGAAGUGAGGUUAUAAGGAAACAGGCUGAGGGCCUUCUCGGUGGUGGCGCCCUCCCAUCAGAUGUCAAGGAAAUAAACAACUAUCUGACUUUUACAAGACAUCUGAAGGCAGCACUGUUGAGGGAAGUUUUUAAUGUUUGAUGCUUUAUUGUGUUUUUAAUAUUCAGUUGGGAGCCACCCAGAGUGGCUGGGGGAACCCAGGCAGGUGGGGAGCUAAAGGUAAAGGUAAAGGGACCCCUGACCCUUAGGUCCAGUCGUGGCCGACUCUGGGCUUGUGGCGCUCAUCUCGCUUUAUUGGCCGAGGGAGCCGGCGUACAGCUUCCAGGUCAUGUGGCCAGCAUGACUAAGCCGCUUCUGGCAAACCAGAGCAGCGCACGGAAAUGCCGUUUACCUUCCCGCCAGAGCGGUACCUAUUGAUCUACUUGCACUUUGAGGUGCUUUCGAACUGCUAGGUGGGCAGGAGCAGGGACCAAGCAACGGGAGCUCACCCCGUCAUUGCGGGGAUUCAAACCGCCGACCUUCUGAUCGGCAAGUCCCAGGCUCUGUGGUUUAACCCACAGCGCCACCCGCGUCCCAAUAAUAAUAAUUAUUAUUAUAUGGGGAUGGCAGCGGGGAUGGAACACGGGGCCUUCUGCCUGCCAGGCAGCUGUUCUGCCGCAGAGCCUUUCUUCCAGAGCUGUGCCCUCUCACUUCCUUCCUCUCUCCCUCUUUCUCCCAGGGGCUACUUGGUGGCCGUGCCCUCGGUCUUCCGGGCAGGGGUAGUGGAAACCAUCAGCGUGGUCAUCUUCAACCCGUCCAAGGAGACGACGGUUCAGAUCCAGCUGACGGUCAAAGGAGAGACGGUGGCGCGAGGGCACGGAACGGUUUUGGGUAGGCCCCCGUUUACGUACGUGUAAAGUGCCCUCGGGCACGGCUGGGUGGCACCACUCACCCCUGCAUUGCCAGGGAAGGGGCUUGAGGCCGGUGUGUCUGUGUGUCUUGAAUAUCGUAGUUAAAUCUGGUGUGUUUGCACAAUAUUCUUCGGCUUUCUGAAUCUUACAUUUUCUCUCUCUUUUUCUUUCCGGCGUUUGUGUAGGCAAAGGAACCAUCAAGCUCAAGGUGAGUCCAAAGUGGGGUGUGGAUUUAAAAAAUAAACGAUUUUUUUAAAAAAAUUAAAAAAUCGGGUUUUUAAAAAAUGUAAAUCGGAUUUUAAAAAAAAAUUAAAUUGGAUUUUUAAAAAUAAAAUGCUUUCAGAGGAAAUGCCUUUCUAAAGAUUUUCUAUUUAAGUUACAUUGUAGCCCAAAGGCUGUUCAUCAGGAAAUGAGUAUUUGUUGAAGUUUCUUAUGUGUGCUAAAAUUCAGCUUUUUUUUUUUAAUUGUUUAACCGCAACAGUUACAUGGAUACAUAUGCUAUAAUGUUAUUUUUUCAGUUAAAUAGUUACUAAGGAAAUUAUUGUUUUUCUCCUUCCAAUAAAGUACAGCAGAAAAGUUGUCCAAAAAUAAACAGUUCACUCAUGAAACCUCACCAUAAUUUCAUCAUUAUCUGUCUACGUGUUUCUAAGAGUAGAACCAAAUCUGUAAUUUUUGAUAUAACUGCAAAAACUACUUAUUAUUCCAAAAACGAAGCCUUCAUCCGGCUGUAAAUAUUAAGAUUAUACCAGCAAGAAUGAGUCUUUCUGUAAAAAAAAUGAUUUAAAUGAAGUCUUACUGACUAGUGAUUUAAAUUGAUUUGAUUUCGAUCGAAUCCACCCUGAUGCAAACUGGUGGGCAGAAAAAGCUCUUAUAACCCCUGCAUUCUUUGCUCCUGUUUUAAAGCCAUUUAAAGCUGGUGGAUUCCAGUGGCAGCAGGUUCCGCAGGCUAACCACGCACUUCCUUUUUUUCCGGCGUUACAACAGGGAGGGAGAAAGCACAUCUGAUUUUAUGAACUCCUGGCCUUCUCUCUGUCCUGGGUGCUCCAGCUGAGAUCCACGAUUCUCAGCUUCGCCGGCGCCGGGCGCAGCGCUAUAACUCCCUUUUGCCUUCCCGACCAGGUGCCCCCGGGGCUACGGGGCCAGGCGCACCUCAAGGUUUGGGGCAACCGGCACUUGGCAGAAGAGGGCUACAUUUUCCACAACCACACCACGGUCACCAUCGACAGCAAAGGCGCCUCCGUCUUCAUCCAGACGGAUAAACCCGUCUACAAGCCGAAACAGAAAGGUGGGUGCUUGCUCUUUCAUGGGGGAACGUUCAGGGUGGCAGGAGAGGAUAUAUUGUUUAUUGAUAUCCUUCCUAACUUGCGCUGGCAAGUUCCUUUACAUAGCAGAGUUACUGUAUUUUUUGCUCUAUAAGACUCACUUUUCCCCUCCUAAAAAGUAAGGGGAAAUGCGUGUGCGUCUUAUGGAGCGAAUGCAGACUGCACAGCUAUCCCAGAAGCCAGAACAGCAAGAGAGAUUUCUGCUUUCACUGCACAGCGAUCCCUCUUGCUGUUCUGGCUUCUGAGGUUCAGAAUAUUUUUUUUCUUGUUUUCCUCCUCCAAAACCUAGGUGCGUCUUGUGGUCUGGUGCGUCUUAUAGAGCGAAACAUAUGGUACAUUCCCCUUUUACAUGCACGGCAGAUAGCUGGUCGCAGGCUCGUGUGAGCCUAUCACUAUCAUACAAUUCAAUCUGUCUCAGAUUGAAUUGUAUGUUCCUGGUAAGUUCCCUUCAAUCCCUAAUACAGUAAUAAUAAUAAUUUAUUAUUUGCACCCCACCCAUCUGGCUGGGCUUCCCCAGCCACUCUGGGCAGCUUCCAACAAAGAUGAAAAAUACAUUAGAAUGUCACACAUUAAAAACUUCUUAAAAGAAUAAAGAAGCCACAAUCUUAUUCCAAGUCAAUGAAAGAAGUUGACUCACAUCAGUUCACAAUUGGAUCCCUAAAGGCAGACUUAGUUACAGAUAUGUACAUGGGGAUCUGCCCCAUAUGGGGGGAUAAUCCCAGUGAUUCUGCUGGAAGAGCAGUCCUAGCUAAAAGCUGGUCAAACGAAGAAGGAAGUCAAAAAGAGGAGGUGUGUUGCACGACUCGUCCUUUUGUUACCUGGACAGGUGAGGUCACGCCCACCUUCUGUCACAUGCAAAAGGAAGGAUGCUCCAGCCAGGAGGAACAGGAAGCUUCAACCGGCUGGACCAGACAUUCCCUCGCAUGUCUUCUCUAGCAUCGCAAGGAAUGUUGUACUUGACUGCCUCUCGUGGAUCACGUCCCACAUUUCGCACUCGUGCAUCGCGGCCGGUUGAGCUGGAUGACUCUGGGCGCCCCCUGCCAGCUCUCCAGUUCCACAAUUCUGCGAUGCUCCUUCUCUCCCUCUCUCUCUAUUUCUUUUAAAAUUCAGUUUUACGUUAUACAAUUAAAUUCAAACAUGAACCACCCACAUUUAAGGUGCCCUGAACCCUUAGACUUCCCUUCCUGGUUUCCAUUAUGAUCAGCCUUUUAUCUGCUACGUCUUAUCAUUUCUCCGUUUUACUUAAAACCAUCCUUUUUUCUUUUUCACCCUAAUUUUUAAUACAUUGCAAGUGUCCCUAAAACCCUGCCAAAGUUUUUAGCUGUUUACAGUGCAGCUUGUAGAUUUUCCCCAUUCCUAAUUAAAUUUUCUCUGGUUUCUGAUUUCCUCCUCUCCUUCUCUGUUUCUAGUGCUGAUCAACCUGUUCACCGUCAACCCAGACUUGCGGCCCGUCGAUGAGAAGGUGAGGAAGGGCCUGUAAUAAUAUAUAUUUAUCCUGGGUUCGUUUCCUCUGGGGUCUUCGAGGAGAAGGACCUGGCCAGGCUGGAGGCCUGUGGAACUCCCUGCCACCUGAGGCAACCGCCAACUUGUACGGCUCUAAAAAAGGACUGGGCAAAUUCACGACGGAGGAGAGGCUCUUCCUACACUCCCAGGGCAAAAGGGCCGUAGCUCGGCGGCUAGAGCAGCUGCUGGGCAUGCGGAAGGUUUUGACUGGGGGGGUAUUUCCUGGCUGGAAAUCCUGCAGGGCCGCUGCUGCCGGUCAGUGUAGGCUGCCCUGAGCUAGACUGUUCAAGGGUACUAGGCGGUGUCCUAUGUUCCUAUUUAAUUCAUCCCUCUUUUUGUUGAAAACCAUGAGGACUAUAAUCUUCCUUUGUUCUUAAUGUCUCAGUGGUAGGACAACUGCUGGGCAUGCAGAAGGCCCCAUUUAAUUCAGCCCCCUUUUUAAAAAGCAAUGAGGACUAGCCUCUUACUUUGUUUUUAAUGGCUCUCCGUCCGAAUGCCUGGGAAGCUGCUGCCGGUUCGUGCAGGCAUUACUAGCUGACCCAAGAACUAAAUAAAAGCUUCUUUCUGUUAAGUUUUGUGCAGGACGCCAAGUGAGUAACUCGUCCCUCUUUUCCCCCUUCCAGGUUGAAGCCUACAUUGUGGUGAGUACCUGCUUGGUUCUCAAACUUAAUCCGUUCCAGAAGUCCGUUCCAAAACCAAAGCGUUCCAAAGCCAAGGCGCGCUUUUCCAUAGAAAGCAAUGCGAAACGGAUUAAUUCGUCGCAGACUUUUAAAAACGACCCCUAAAACAGCCAUUUAACAUGAAUUUUACUCUCUAACAAGACCACUGAUUCAUAAAAUGAAAGCAAGAAUCAAUGCACUGUAGUAUAAAAUAAACAAGACGGUAUUGUAGAUGAUAAAAAUGAAAAUUAAUUUCCCCCCUUACCUGCACACAUGACGGUCAUUGUUUGGAUGGGGGGCUUUUAUCCAUUUCCACAAUCAAUCAAUCAGUCGCUGAACUGGGUUCCACACAGUCACAAAAACAAAUGAAUCGAAAAAGCCUCAAAAACAAAAACGCAAAAUAAAGAGCAAAAGCGCCAAAUACUGUAUUAUUAUAAAUAAUAAUAGCUUAAAGACUAAAAUGAAAUUGAAUUAAAUUGUCUCUCCCCAGGAUCCUCGUGGGUCUCGUAUGAUCGAAUGGAACAACCUAAAGCCAGUUUGUUGCGGUGAGUCUGGAGGGAGCGGCAGUGGGGUGCCCGUCUCCCCGAAAAGGAGAAAAGAGAAAGAAAUAGGGGCCAAACCUCUUUUCUCCCCCUCUUUUGCCGGAAGCGACCCAGCGCCUUGUCGGCCAAACGUUGCUGACCAUCCCCUCUUUUCUCUGCCGCAGUACGCACGCCAACCAACCCUAUCAUGACUUUCCAAAUCUAAUAAAUCUGUAUUUUUAAAAUUUUAUCCAUUCCCGGAUCCAGCAAAUACAAGAGGCUUCAUAAUAUAAUUUCAAAUCUGGCAAGGAGAAGCCUCCUCUGUCUUUAAUAUCUGUUAAUAACUUAUAUUUUAUUCUCGGCUUCUUACCCCGGCUACAGGCGUCCUCAACGUCAGCUUCCCUCUGUCUGACCAGCCUGUCUUCGGAGAGUGGCUCAUUUUUGCCACAUUGCAAGGCCAGGUGUACAACAAGACCUUCGAAGUCCAGAAGUAUGGUGAGAUUUUGGCACAGCGGCUGGUGGAAUCGCUGGGGGGGGGGGGCAGAGCCUUCUUUCCUUAUUUUAUAUACCGUAUUUUUCGCCCUAUAGGACGCACUUUUUCCCCUCCAAAAAUGAAGGGGAAAUGUGUGUGCGUCCUAUGGGGCGAAUGCAGGCUUUCGCUGAAGCCUGGAGAGCGAGAGGCGUCGGCACCAACCCCUCUCGCUCUCCAGGCUUCAGGAAGCUCUGCGCAACCCUUGGGAGACCGGCGCGACUUUGCAGAGAGAUGCCUGUUCUGGGGGCUGGGGUCACGGGAAGCUCGGGCUACCCCCGCCCCAGCCCCGCACCUGGGAGGGAAAUAAUUUUUUUUUUCUUUAUUUCCCCCCCAAAAAACUAGGUGCGCCCUAUGGGCCGACAAAUACGGUAUAUCGUUUUUACUAAUUCUCCAAUCUUUCGAAGCAUCGAUCGGCUUUUAUUAUUAUUAUUUUAAUCGUCCAAAGUUUCUCCUGUCUGUCACCAAAUAUCGCCGGAACAGAGUUUCCGGAUGACCAGUCUUCAUCAGCCAAUCUUGAUCAAUUCUUCAUCAGCCAGGCUUAUGAGAAUUAAUACGAAAUGGCAGUUCCAUUUCUUAACAAGCUGAACUUACAAUAUACAGACGAUGAAAGCCGCGUCUGUAUAAAAUAAAAUGCAUAAUACAAUAUGUACAACUAAAAUACACACCCAAACUUACAUGUAAGCAGAUACGAACGCUGUAGAAAAUAUACUCUGGAAAUAUACUCAGUGUUCAUGUGAUACUGUGGUCACUGGUGCUGGUAACAAAUUGUAAAGAACAUAAUAUACUUUCAUAAUAUAAUUUCAGCCACAGGUGAAACUAAUAUACUGUAAGGGAAAUUAAAGAAAUUAAAGACCCAGCACAACAUUCACAGCAAGAAUGUCAGAUGCAAACAGUUCCCCAUCCAGUCAGUGGAUCAUGGCAGAUCAUGCAAUUAAAUAAAACAAUGACAAUCUAACCCAUUGUCAUCCAUUUUAUUUGAUAUUUCAGCAUUUAUAGCGGAACUUGUCUAUUCUAAUAGGAGUUCUGGUUUCUCAAUAUGAUUUUGCAAAUAUCCUUUAAACACCUUCCAGUCUAGGAUCUAGGAGUCUUGGUUGACCACAAACUUGACAUGAGCCAACAGUGUGACGCGGCAGCUAAAAAAGCCAAUGCAAUUCUGGGCUGCAUCAAUAGGAGUAUAGCAUCUAGAUCAAGGGAAGUAAUAGUGCCACUGUAUUCUGCUCUGGUCAGACCUCACCUGGAGUACUGUGUCCAGUUCUGGGCACCACAGUUCAAGAAGGACACUGACAAACUGGAACGUGUCCAGAGGAGGGCAACCAAAAUGGUCCAAGGCCUGGAAACGAUGCCUUAUGAGGAACGGCUAAGGGAGCUGGGCAUGUUUAGCCUGGAGAAGAGGAGGUUAAGGGGUGAUAUGAUAGCCAUGUUCCAAUAUAUAAAAGGAUGUCACAUAGAGGAGGGAGAAAGGUUGUUUUCUGCUGCUCCAGAGAAGCGGACACGGAGCAAUGGAUCCAAACUACAAGAAAGAAGAUUCCACCUAAACAUUAGGAAGAACUUCCUGACAGUAAGAGCUGUUCAACAGUGGAAUUUGCUGCCAAGGAGUGUGGUGGAGUCUCCUUCUUUGGAGGUCUUUAAGCAGAGGCUUGACAACCAUAUGUCAGGAGUGCUCUGAUGGUGUUUCCUGCUUGGCAGGGGGUUGGACUCAGUGGCCCUUGUGGUCUCUUCCAACUCUAGGAUUCUAGGAUUCUUGUCCAUCUUCUCUUUUGAGAUCCUUCCGACUUCUCCCAUUGUAAUACUCCAAUAAUUUGGCAAGCCACUCUGUUUUGGUCGGUAUUGUACCACUUUUCCUGUUUUUAGAAGUGGAAAAUCUAAACCAGAAUUCAAUCCCCACGGAUGAACACAGUUGAACGAGGGAAAAGGCUGCUUCGGUCCCAUUGGGGAGGGGGUCUCAAGAGGCCGGCCUGGGAGACUCCCCCCUUGGGCCUGACCCCCUUUGCAGAGGGGCUUUCGGGACGCCCCCCCUUGGCAGCGGUCAACCUCUCCCCUCCCUCCUCUCCCCCGCCAGUUUUACCCAAAUUCGAGGUGCGCAUCGACCCGCCGCGCUACAUCCGGGACCUCGGCGCAUGCGAGAAAGCGACCGUCCUCGCCAGGUGAGGACAGGGUCUGGGGGGAUGUAUGUUCGGGGAUCUCGGCCGGCCGCGGGGGGCAGAGGGUCCGGAGGCGAGGGCCGGAUUGGGGCCCCCUCUCUGAAGCCGCUCCUUUUCCCCCAGGUACACUUUUGGGAAGCCGGUCGCCGGGCGGCUGACCAUCAACAUGACGGUCAACGGAGUCGGCUACUACAAGCAUGAGUCUGGUCACCCGGUCCUCAAAACCUUGGAGGUGAGCGGUCAAGGGGGUGAUGGACAGCGGCUUGAGGAACGGCGGCUGGAACCUUUCCCGGCCAUUUUUUACAAGUAUUAUAAUUAUAAUUCUGUGCGGAAUACAGUGGUACCUCGGGUUAAGUACUUAAUUCGUUCUGGAGGUCCGUUCUUAACCUGAAACUGUUCUUAACCUGAGGUACCACUUUAGCUAAUGGGGCCUCCUGCUGCUGCCACUGCGCCGCCAGAGCACGAUUUCUGUUCUCAUCCUGAAGCAAAGUUCUUAACCUGAAGCACAAUUUCUGGGUUAGCGGAGUCUGUAACCUGAAGCGUAUGUAACCUGAGGCACCACUGUACAGUGGUGCCUCGCAAGACGAAGUUAAUCCGUUCCGCGAGUCUCUUCGUCUAGCGGUUUUUUCGUCUUGCGAAGCAACCCUAUUAGCGGAUUAGCGCUAUUAGCGGUUUAGCGGCUAUUAAAGGCUUAGCGGCUAAAAGGCUAUUAGCGGCUUAGCGGCUUGGAAAAAGGGGGGGGGAGUGAAAAAAAUCUCAAGACUCGCAAGACAUUUUUGUCUUGCAAAGCAAGCCCAUAGGGAAAUUCGUCCUGCGAAGCGCAUCAAAAAACGGAAAACCCUAUCGUCUAGCGGGUUUUUCGUCUUGCGGGGCACCACUGUAUUUUUCAUUUUCUUCGCUUCGUUCUCCUGCUGCGAUCCAGAGCUCUCGGUGUCGGCACUUUCGAUUUCUGCACACAAAGGGAAAUCUCAAUGUGUCACAACUAAGGCAAAGGGAAAUCUAGCCUUCUGCAAUAAUAAUAAUAAUAAUAAUAAUAACAAUUUAUUAUUUAUACCCGCCCAUCUGGCUGGGUUUCCCAUUAGCGCCAGGCAGAUACCCCAAAUUCCCUUCUGGGAUCUCACGACGGCGCCACCUUUGACUUCCGGCAGCCUCCCCGAGGCGAGGGCUAGGGAAUGCCCCCUGUGGACCCAGGAAGGUGUUCCUGCCAGCCAGUGCGGGCGACCCUGACCCCGCGCUCCCUCCCUCCCUCAGAUCGACGGUUCUGCGGAUUUCGACGUGUGCGUGAGUGACAUGAUGCCGGCUGACGUCCCUGAGCACUUUCGCGGCACCGUGAGCAUCUGGGCAACCGUCACGGGAGCCGACGGCAGCCGCCAGGUCACCUUCGACGACUCCACCCCUGUGCAGAAGCAGCUGGUCGACAUCAAAUACAGCCGGGGGACCCCGAAACACUUCAAGCCGGGCCUGCCGUACAGGGCGAAGGUGAGCGCUGAGCGUCUUUCCCGGAAUAGAGCGGUCCGAGGACAUCCAGAAGACGGGACGCGGGUGGCGCUGUGGGUUAAACCACAGAGCCUAGGACUUGCCGAUCAGAAGGUCGGCGCUUCGAAUCCUCGCAAUGACGGGGUGAGCUCCCCUUGCUCGGUCCCUGCUCCUGCCCACCUAGCAGUUCGAAAGCACCUCAAAGUGCAAGUAGAUAAAUAGGUACCACUCCAGCGGGAAGGUAAACGGUGUUUCCGUGCGCUGCUCUGGUUCGCCAGAAGUGGCUUAGUCCUGCUGGCCACAUGACCCGGAAGCUGUACGCCGGCUCCCUCGGCCAGUAAAGCGAGAUGAGCGCCGCAACCCCAGAGUCGUCCGCGACUGGACCUAAGGGUCAGGGGUCCCUUUACCUUUACCUUAGGACAUCCAGAAUGAAUGAAUGAAUCUUUAUUUGUGUCAGCCGUUGGCCACAGCAAUAAAACAACAAUACGAUAUACCAGGCAUAGGCAAACUCGGACCUCCAGAUGUUUUGGGACUACAAUUCCCAUCAUCCCUAGCUAACAGGACCAGUGGUCAGGGGUGAUGGGAAUUGGAGUCCCAGAACAUCUGGAGGGCCAAGUUUGCCUCUGCCUGCAGUAGUACCUUGUUUCUCAAAUUCAAUCCGUUCCAAAACCAGAGCGUUCCCAAACCAAGGCGCGCUUUCCCAUAGAAAGUCGUGCAAAACGGAUUCCAUACUUUUAAAAACAACUCCUAAAACAGCCACGUGUCAUGAAUUUUACUAUCUAGCGAGGCCAUUGAUUCAUAAAAUGAAUGCAAUCAUCAAUGUGCCAUACUAUAAAAUAAAUAAGGCAGUAUUGUAGGUAAUAAAAAAAAUUUUUUUUUCUUUUCUGACAUGCACUGAUGACAGUCAUUGUUUGGAUGGGGGGCUUUUAUCCAUGUCUGCAGCCACACAAUCAAUCAGUCAGUAGCUGAACUGGGUUCCGCACAGUCACAAAAACAAAUGAACCAAAAAAGCCUCCAAAACGCAAAAUAAAGAGCAAAAGCAAUCCGUUCCAGGAGCCCGUUUGACUUCUGAAAUGUUCGGAAACCAAGACGCGGCUUCUGAUUGGCGCAGGCGCCCCGGAAACAACAGCUGCGUCGGACGUUCUGCUUCUGAAAAUUGCUCAAAAACCGGAACAUUAAUCUUGGGUUUUUGACAUUUGGGAACCAAGGCGUUUGAGAACCAAGGUCCCACUGUAUUCCUAAAACCCCACGCCUCCUCUCCGAUCAGCUGCUUAGCUAAACAACCUGCAUGUUCUUAGUUUCCUGUUUUGCAGUAAUUUAAUUUUUUUUUUUAAAUUUUCCACUUUGGGGGUGGCGGCAUCCCUCCCCAGGCCUCUCCCCACGCGCCGUAGUUGCUGGAUCCGUCUCCCCCCGCCUCUCCUUCUCUCCGCCCCCCAGGUGGAAGUCACGUACCCUGACGGGAGCCCGGCGGACGGCGUGAGGGUCCGGGUCAAGGCUGAGCUCACCCCCAAGGACAACAUCUACACCAGCGAGUUGGUGUCGCGCGGCGGAUCGGUGGAGUUCGAAAUCCCCUCCAUCCCCUCGGCUGCCCAGUACGUCUGGCUGGAGGUGGGUGAGAGCCCCGGAUGGGGCUGGGGGGCUUGGGAGACCCCCACUGGGGGGCCGGUGGAAAGGCAGAGCGGGUGUCUCAUAUUUCUGGGGCAGGGGGCUGGAUGAUCCCUGGGGGGGGAAUCCCUCCUUUUAAAAAAAAUACUGUAUUUUUCCUAAUAAUAAUAAUAAUAAAUGUUAUUUAUACCCUGCCUUCCCCAGUCAGGGCGGCUGACACCAGGUAUAAAAACGAUGGAUUAAAAGACAACUGAAAAACAAGAUCAAAAGACAACAUUAAAAUGCAGCCUCAUUUCAGUAGAAACGCAAAUCAAAAACUUUUGGGGGAUGAAAACGCCAAAUCUAGUCUUGUAUAAGGCUAUAUUCCCCCCCCCCAUUUUUUUUUUUAGUUUAAAAUUGGGGGUCUUUUUAUACACGGAAUGUUGCCAUUAUUUAUUUCUUAAUUGGGGCUCAAAAAAUAUAGAGGGAAAAAUAUGGUAUAUUUGUCUCGGGGAGGGGGUCCCUUCUCUGGUUCUAAGAGGCGAGGGGGUGGGAACGGAUCACAGCCUGACCUCCCUGCCUCCCUCUCCCCCCCCCAGACCAAAGUCACGGCCCUGGGAGGGGCGUCUGCCGGGGACCAGUAUCUCCCCAGUUUCCUCUCCAUCAGCGGCUGGUAUUCCCCCAGCAAGUGCUACAUCCAACUUCAGAUGCCGGAAAGGCCUUUCCAGGUGAGCUUCUCCCCGGUUGCCAAGUUGGGGGACUGGGGGUUGAUUGGUUUGGGACCCCCCUCAAUGGCCCUCCUCCGCUCGGAGUGACCGAUUGGAAGGUCGGCGGUUCGAAUCCCCGCAAUGACGGGGUGAGCUCCCGUUGCUCGGUCCCUGCUCCUGCCAACCUAGCAGUUCGAAAGCACGUCAAGGUGCAAGUAGAUAAAUAGGUACCACUCCAGCGGGAAGGUAAACGGUGUUUCCGUGCGCUGCUCUGGUUCGCCAGAAGCGGCUUAGUCCUGCUGGCCACAUGACCCGGAAGCUGUACGCCGGCUCCCUCGGCCAAUAAAGCGAGAUGAGCGCCGCAACCCCAGAGUCGGCCACGACUGGACCUAACGGUCAGGGGUACCAUUACAUUAAAGGGGAAUUACCAGGAAACUUAUUUCAGAGGCUUAAACAAGCCUGGCAAAGACGUUAUCCGCUGUGUACGUUUAAAAAGGGGAAUAUUACUGUCCUCAAUUGUAGAACUUGUUAACACAAGUCAGGAAGGAUAUAAUUAAAGAAUAUAUUCUCUCCUGCCUCCCUGAACAUUCCCACAGUCAUGAUUUAAGCACGAUCCCUGGGUAGGAACUGUUUUCUUUUUUUCAUCUGAGCCGCUGUCGAGCGGCGUACAUAAAGGGGUUUUUUGGGGCGCCUUUGGGGAUCUCUGUGCCCGAUAUCCCUCAAAGCCCUUCUCUCUCCCCAGGUGGGCGAGGAGGCGUCCGUCGUGCUGAAGUCCACCUGCCCCUGCAACUUCACCCUCUACUACGAGGUGGUUUCGCGGGGGAACAUCGUCCUCUCAGGGGUGCAGCCCUCGGACGUCACUCGACAAAGGAGCAAGAGGGAUGUUCACGGGAGCGGAGGCGUCACCCACGUCCCAGGCAUGGCUUUGUGGCAGGGCCGUCUUACCCAUAGGCGCAAGGGGUGCAGGCACCUGGGCGCUGGGCUCUCAGGGGCGCCAGGCCAAGAGUCCGGGGCCCGAGAGUUGAGUCUGGGGAAGAGGCACAAGUUCGGGGGCGACCGAGACACUGAGGCGGCCGGCCGACUCCACCCUCCUGCCGCCUGGGACUGGGCAAACUGGGGGCACCGGGUGGAUCUUUGCACCCUGACGCCAUGUAUCCUUAAGACAGCCCUGAUUUGCAGUUUGAUGUCGGGCAGGGGGCAGUUUCCGGCCAUGCCCCCUCUCUCUCUUUUUCAAAAUAAUUUUUAUUAAGUUUUGCAAGCAAAAAGACCCAUAUUGGUGUGAACGGCAAGCGCCCGGUUGUGUCUGGCUCAGAGGUGUCCAGGAGGGGCUCUGUGGGAAAGAGACGUCCCCGUGGGGGUCUCUCAGCUGGGGGCCCAUCUCCUGGGUGCCCAGGGAGCUGGGGGAAGGCGUAGCAUUGGGGGGUUGGUCUAGAUGGCCCUCGGGGGCUCCCUUCCAAGUCUGUGGUUCUGCAAGCGGAUGGUGCAUUUCAUUCUGGCGCGCUCUGAAUUAUUCCGCGUCAUAGCGGCUGCCCCAAAGGUCUUAGGGGUCUAAGAGACCCGGUUCGUCCAGGGCCUUGCAAAUCAACGCGUUUAAUUUGACGGCAUUGUCUGGAUACAAGAUUGCUGCCUUUCCACCCCCUCCCCUUAGGCCCGACGGCCCCUCCUGCGCCCGAGAUGAACACCUGCGUCACCUCGGUCCGCUUCUCCGUGACCCCCAAGAUGGCCCCCCUGGGACGCCUCCUCGCCUACUACGUCCGGGAAGACGGGGAAGGGGUCACCGACAGCCUGCAGUUUGCUGUCAAGCCCUCCUUCGAGAACCAGGUAGCGGCCGUGGGGUGGGGAACUCUGGGGCGGAUGGGGCUGCAUCUCCUCCUCCUCUCUUUUCUCCUUCUCCUCCUUUCCUUCAACAUCUCUUUCAUUGCCUUCUCCUUCCCACUGUGUCCUCCACCUCCUGUUCCUCCUCCAUCAUCUCCUCCAUCAUCCUUUUCUUCUUCUUCUCUUUCCUCAUCUUCUCCUUCUCCUUCUCCUCCUUCUCUUUCUCCUUCUUCUCCUUUCCUUCAACAUCUCCUCCUCCUCCUGUUUCUCCUUCAUCUCUUCCUCUUUCUUCUCCCUCUUCUUCUUCAUCACCUCCUUUGUCAUCUUCUCCCUCUCUACCAUCUUCUCCUUUCUCCUCCAUCCUUUUCUUCCCCUUCUCUUUCUGCUUCAUCAUCUCCUCCUCUUUCAUCAUCUCCUUCUCUUGCUCCUUCAUCUUCUCCUUCAUGAGCUUUCUCUUUCUUCUUUUCCUUCUUCUCCUGUCCUUCAACAUCUCUUUCAACGCCUUCUCCUUCCCCACCAUCUCCUCCUCCUUCUGUUCCUCCUCCAUCACCUUCUCCAUCAUAAUCUUCUCCUCCUCCAGGUUUCCGUGGCCUUUUCCACCAACGAGACCCGGCCGGGAGACACGCUGACCCUCAAGGUGUCCGCAGCCAAGGGGAGCUGCGUCUGCCUGGCCGCGGUGGACAAGAGCGUCCACCUCCUCAAGCCUGGCUUCCAGCUGACCACGGACCAGGUGAGUUCUGGUCCUCCACAUCUCCAAACAGACGUCAGGUGACACUUUUAAGAGUUGGCACCGAGAAGGGCUGUCAUCCCAUGGCAGAGACCCUGCAUGGCGUACAGAAGGCCCCAACUUCAACCCUCAAUGGCCGUUCUGUCUCCUGCCUCAGAUCUUCCAGGAGAUGGCGGACUAUGACGUUUCGGACGCCUUUGGCGCUGCCAAGGAAGACGGGCACUUCUGGUGGGCAGGGAUGUCUUCCCGCCGGCGCCGUUCCUCCAUCUUUCCCUGGCACUGGGACAUCACCAAGGACGCCCGCUUUGCGUUCACGGUGAGGGGUGAUCUUCCUGUGUGUUUGCUUGCUAAACUAAUCGGGGAAAGUCGUAGGUUUGCGUACAAAAACGCACAUAAACUUCAUUUGCGCCGGCCGGCAGCCAUAGCAAUAAAACAGAAAUGGAACAUACAGUGGUCCCUUGGUUCUCAGACUUAAUCCGUUCAGAAAAUUCCGUUCCAAAACCAAAGCGUUCCAAAAGCAAGGCGCGCUGCUUUCCCAUAGAAAGUCAUGCAAAAUGGAUGAAUCCAUUCCAGACUUUUAAAAGCAGCCCCUAAAAUUUAGCAUGGAUUUUACUAUCUAACAAGACCAUCGAUCCAUAAAAUGAAAGCAAUAAUCAAAUCAAUGUACUCUGUUAUAAAAUGAAUAAGGCAGAAUUGUAGAUGAUAAAAAUUACAAUUUUUUCCCCCUUACCUGCGCCAAUGACAGUCAUUGUUUGGAUGGGGGGCUUUUAUCCAUUUCCGGAGUCACACAAACAAUCCAUCAGUAGCUGAACUGGGUUCCGCACAGUCCCAAAAACAAAUGAAUCGGAAAAGCCUCAAAAACAAAAACGCAAAAUAAUUAGCAAAAACAAAAGCGCCAAACUUAAUCUGUUCCGGAAGUCCAUUUGACUUCUGAAAUGUUCAGAAACCAAGACGCGGCUUCUGAUUGGUUCAGGCGCCCUGGAAACAAGAGCUGACAGCCGCAUCAGACAUUUGGCUUCUGAAAAACGUUUGAAAACUGGAACACUUCCUUCCAGGUUUCCGGCAUUUGGGAAUCAAGGUCCCACUGUAUAUCUAUAUAUUUCCAUGGCGGUUCCUUGGUGCUCUGCCAAAUGGGCCUUCCCGGGAGGAGAUUUGGGGGAAGAGGGAAAACGUCCGCCUUGCAGGCACAAGAUCCCACCUUCGAUCCAUCCAAGGCUUCGAUUUAAACCAACCUAAGAAGGACCAUGUGGGACGUGGGUGGCACUGUGGGUUAAACCACAGAGCCUAGGACUUGCCGAUCAGAAGGUCGGCGGUUCGAAUCCGCGCGACGGAGUGAGCUCCCGUUGCUCGGUCCCUGCUCCUGCCAACCUAGCAGUUUGAAAGCACCUCAAAGUGCAAGUAGAUAAAUAGGUACCACUCUGGCGGGAAGGUAAAUGGCGUUUCCGUGCGCUGCUCUGGUUCGCCAGAAGCGGCUUAGUCCUGCUGGCCACAUGACCCGGAAGCUGUACGCCGCUCCCUCGGCCAAUAAAGCGAGAUGAGCGCCGCAACCCCAGAGUCGGUCAUGACUGGACCUAAUGGCCAGGGGUCCCUUUACCUUUACCUUUAAGAAGGACCAUGGACCGUCUCUCUCUCUUUCUCUCUCUCUCUUGUGUCGUUUGCGGUUCGCUGCCGCCCAGGAAACAGGCCUGGUGGUCAUGACGGACGUGGUCAGCCUCCACCACCGGCAGCACGGAGGGAUGUACACGGACGAGGCCGUCCCAGCUUUCCAGCCCCACACAGGGACCCUCGUUGCCUCGGCCCCCUCCCGGGUGGCACCCAGGUAAGCGGAACUGUGGGCGUGGAGCAAAUGUCCAAACGUACCUGUAUUUUUCGCUCCACAUGACACACCUGACCAUAAGACGCACCUAGUUUUUAGAGGAGGAAAACAAGAAAAAAAUACAUUCUGAACGAAAUGGUGGAUGUAGGAUUUUUGUGGUUCAUGCUGUGGCCACAGAUGUGUGAGUUUGGGGUAGCCCAAUGCAAAAAUCCUGAGGAUCCAUGUGGAUCUGUGCUUUGUAACCACAUUUUUGCACCAUUGCGGCCUCAAGAAACAGUGAGUGCAUGGUUUUUUUGUUGCAGGCUGUAGCCAUGGACAUGCUUUGUGAUCUGAUGGUGAAUUUGGGGUGACCCUAUGCAAAACUCCUGAGGAUCCAGGGGCUUUUACCUCCCCGCUCCCAGGCAGCCUCCUUUAUCUCUAGCCUCCCUUAUCUCCCUCCUGAUCGUUUACCGAUCAACUGCUUCCUUUCCCUCUUGUUUGCCUUAGUGUCUUCUCCUUAGCUGGAGCAGUUUUUCGCUCCUCCUUUCCUUCUAAUUUCUCUCCUCGUUGCUUUAGAUGGUAAAGUCCAGCCGGUGAUGGUUUGGGGAGCUGGCUGAGAGCUGCUGGUUUGAACUCCCAGAAUCGUGGAGAUGGAAGGGAACCCCGUCUCCUCAGGGUGGCGGGUUAGCUGUGGCCAUUUGACCCCGCAAAAGUCUUUCAAACUCAUGGUGCGUUUCGCCCCCUGUCUGUCCUCCCGAACCUUCAACCCUCCUGUCUCUCUUUCCACUCACAGAGCAGAUAAGAAGCAAAGGACCUUCUUCCCCGAGACGUGGCUGUGGCGCUGCUUCAACGUCAGGUAUGUUUCCAGGGUUGGGCACCACGCUGGCAGACAGCGGGCUCCAUCUCCUGAGGGUCUUUUGGCAGUUCCCUCCCUGCGAGAAGUGAGGUUACAGGGAACCAGGCAGAGGGCCUUCUCGGUGGUGGCCCCUGCCCUGUGGAACACCCUCCUAUCAGAUGUCAAGGAAAUAAUAAACAACUACCUGACUUUUAGGAGACACCUGAAGGCAGCCCUGUAUCGGGAAGUUUUUUUUUAAUGUUUGAGGUUCUACAGCGGUCCCUUGGUUCUCAAACUUAAUCUGUCCCAGAAGUCCGUUCCAAAACCAAAGCGUUCCUAAACCAAGGCGCGCUUUCCCAUAGAAGGUAAUGCAAAAAGGAUUAAUCCAUUCCAGACUUUUCGAAACAAGCCCUAAAACUGCCGUUGAACAUGGAUUUUACUAUCUGAUGAGACCAUCGAUCCAUAAAACAAAAGCAAGAAUCAAUGUACCGUACUAUAAAAUAAAUAAGGCAGUAUUGUAGAUGAUAAACAUUCAAAUUUAUUUUUUCUUCUUCACCUGUACCGAUGACGGUCAUUGUUUGCAUGGGGGGCUUUUAUCCAUUUCCGCAGUCACACAAUCCAUCAUUUGAAGAUGGAUUUUACUAUCGAACGAGACCACUGAUCCAUAAAAUGAAAGCGAUAAACAAUGUACUGCAAUCACACAAUCAGUCCAUCAGUAGCUGAACUUGGUUCCACACAGUGACAAAAACAAAACAAGAAAGAGCCGCAAAAAACAAAAACACAAAAUGAAUAGCAAAAAAACAGGCAGACCUCAGCAUAGCACUCAAAUCGGAAGCGUGACACUCAAAACGGAGCACGUUCAGCUUCCAAAAAAAGUUCACAAACCAGAACACUUACUUUCGGGUUUGCAAUGUUCGCGCUCCAAGUUGUUCGAGUACCAAAGCAUUUGAGAACCAAGGUAACACUUUAUUGUGUUUUUAAUGUUCUCAGAGCGGCUGGGGCAACCCAGCCAGAUGGGCGGUGUACAAAUAAUAAAUUAUUAUUAUAUUAUUAUUAUUCUGGCGGUUCCCUCCCUGCGAGAAGUGGGGUUACAGGGAACUGGGCAGAGGGCCUUCUCGGUGGUGGCGCCCUCCCACCAGAUGUCAAGGAGAUAAACAACUAUCUGACUUUUAGAAGACAUCUGAAGGCAGCUCUGUUUAGGGAAGUUUUUAACAUUUAAGGUUCUAUUGUGUUUUUAAUAUUCUCAGAGUGGCCAGACGGGCGACGUAGAAAUAAUAAAAUUAUUAUUAUUAUUAUUAUUAUUAUUAUUAUUAUUAUUAUUAUUGUAAUAUGUUUUAUUAGUUUUCAAUACAAAUAUACAUAUAAUACCAUAUCAAAAAUUUAUCACAAAUUUUCUCUUUUGGACUUCCUUCAGCUUAUCUGCCAAUCAUCUGUAAUUAAUUUUUAGUUACGCAUUUCCUAAAUUUAAUACUGCCUUUUAAUAUACCCUCCCGAUCUUAUUUUCUUUCUUAGAACACUCCUCAAACUUUCACAGAGCUUCUUGAAAUCCCACGAGCGUUGUUUGCUCAUCACAUAUAUUUUUCAGAUAGUCUACAAAUUUCCCCCAGUCCUCGAUGAACUUAUGGUCUCGUUGGUAGCUAAUCUUUCCAGUUAAUUUGUCCAGUUCUGCAUAAAAUAAAAUGAUUAUUUUUAUCAUUGUUCCCACGACUCCUUCCUCGCCCCCCCCGGCCCUCUUCUCCAUCUCCCUCUCAACGCAGUGAUGUUUCCGGGGAAGCCCAGCUGCGGGUGGAGGCGCCCGGCUCCAUCACCACGUGGCUGGCGGAGGCCGUGGGCAUCUCGGAGGAGAAGGGUCUUGGCCUGGCCCCCCAAGCCCAGCUGAGGACCUUCAAGCCCUUCUUCGUAGACUUCUCCCUGCCCUACAGCGUCAUCCGUGGGGAGCAGACCAAGGUCCCCCUGACCGUCCACAACUACCUGCCCGUGUGUGCGGAGGUGAGAAACCCCGGCGUCCUUCCCAGCCUGGGAAUGGCAAGGAAGCAGGGAGGGUAGUGUGGCGUAAUGGUUAGAGUUUUGGCCCAAAUCAUGGACAGGCAAACUAGGGGCCGGAUCCGGCCCAAUCGCCUUCUCAAUCUGGCCUGCAAAUCAGAGUCUUUUUUACAUGAGUAGAAUGUGUCCUUUUAUUUAAAAUGCAUCUCUGGGUUAUUUGUGGGGCAUAGGAAUCCAUUCAUAUUUCCCCCCCAAAAAAAUACACCUGGAAGAGAUGGUGCCCUUCUGAAUUUGCUUGCGAGGAAUACCACCCGGAAACCUUUGAUCAGGGCGAGGUUUGGGGAUUUUAAUGCCUUGUGCGCAAAGCUACUCGGGGGAAGAGCCCGGGGGACUUUCCUGCCUUGCCGGGGGCGGGUUGGUCUAGAUGUCCUUUGGGGUUCCCUCUGCGAUUCCCGAAGCGCAGAAGCUGCAGCCAAGCCGACAAAUCCCCGCUGCCCUCAUUUCUGUGCAGGUCCACGUCAAGAUCUCGGUGCCCAAAGGGAUCAAGUUUGUCGGCCACCCCGGGAAACAUCUCUUGACCCGGAAGAAGUGCGUCGCCCCCGGGAAAGCCACGCCGACGUCCAUCGUCCUGGCCUUCGCUGAACUGGGACAGAGCAACAUCACAGGUGCCGUUAAAAUAAUAUAUCGGGAUACAGUGGUACCUCUGGUUACGUACUUAAUUCGUUCCAGAGGUCCGUUCUUAACCUGAAACUGUUCUUAACCUGAAGCACCACUUUAGCUAAUGGGGCCUCCUGCUGCUGCCGCACCACCAGAGCACGAUUUCUGUUCUCAUCCUGAAGCAAAGUUCUUAACCUGAAGCACUAUUUCUGGCUUAGUGGAGUGUGUGACCUGAAGUGUAUGUAACCCGAGGUACCACUGUAUAUCGGGAUAUAUAUGAAGGUUUAUAAAGGAAAACAGAAAGGUUAUCGUCCAAUGCCUUUGUUUUGUCCAAACGGAAACAUCCAAGCUAAAGGCAAAACAGAGAAUGAAAAGAGGAGGGAGGAAGGAAGAAAGGGAGAGCCAGAGAAAAUGGAACAGGAAAAUAUUUAAAAAUGAGAGAAAGAAUAGUUAAGAAGCUAAAGAUCUUCCGAUUCUUCGUCUGUCCGCUAUAUAUAAGCAAUAUUCACUUCGCUCCUAAUAAAGCCACUUUCUAUUAAUCCUUGUCUUCUUCUUUUAAUUUUUAUUUCUACUUUUUAGGUUUAUACAUUUCAUUAACUUCGCAGUCAUUUUAACAUUUCCAAACUUGGAGUUCCUUCCCCCUCUUUCUGCGGCUCCUUAGAUUCAUUUUUUAAUCUCUUCUGCAUAUCCAAAUUCAUUUAAUUAGCUCAUGUAAUUAUCUUCAUUAAAUAUAUACUCUUUUAUAAAACGGCAGGCUGUUCCAAUAAUCCCGCCAAUGUCUUUAUCUGUUUGCAAUUUCUCUGCAAAUAUUCCAUAAACCAUUUCCAUUCUUUUAUAAAAAGUUUGUUAUCAUGAUUUCUUCUUCCGGUAAAUUUUGCCGUUAAUCCUUGCCUUCAAUCCUCAACCCCAAAUGCCAUCAUUCCCUUUUCCUUUCCCAUGCAGAAAGUUUAUGGGAGCUUUUCCCGUCUUUUAACCGUGACUUUUCUCCGAUUUUCGCCAUUUCUCGGCUCGGUCUGCACAUUUUGGCCACCCGCCCUCCCUUGCGGUCGGCAUCGGGUCUUUCCGUCUGGAUGCACGUCCAAGUCUCACCGCCGUGAUCAUGGCUUGGCGGCGGCGGCGGCGGUAAUUGGGAUUAAAUAAAUAAAUAAAUAUCUUUAUUACGGUCCAGAGACCCAACAGAUCAUUACAAAACAAUACACAAUUCAUACAGCCUACCUCCAGAUUAAACAAGCCUUUUGUUCAAAAUAUAGGGCUCAUUUGUUCUUGCAACCACCGAUAAAAACUUUGCCACUGCUAAUGUUCUAGCGUUUGUCCGGUCUUCCAAUAGGAACCUGACAUAGUGAGCCUCUGAUUUUCCCGGGAAAGGUACCAGCAAGGGUAGUAUCAGUUCAGCCCUCGCCUGCUCAUAUUUUGCACAGUGCAACAAAAUAUGUUUAAUGGAGUCGAUGUCUUGAGCACACGAGCAAAGUCUGUCCUGGUAGGGAGCUCCUCUCAACACUGCAGAAGGAAAGACGUUUAGUCUGGCUUUGGUGAAAAGCCUUCGGUAGUUUGGUACUGUCAGGUUUUUAAUGUAAGGUGUUAACUUAAAGACAUGCCCAUAUUGUACUCCUACUGCCAGCGGACUACAGACUGCGUGUGACCGAGAUCGCAAGUCACUGUGUGCAUUAUCCCAUAAUCUUUGCUUUAAUGUCUUUAGGGCACCUUCAUAACCAGGUAGUACAGUUGGGGGGGGUGACAGACCAAUAGAUGUGGCUUUUUUAGCCAUGGCUUUCUGCCAUUUGCUGACAAAUUCCUCAUUGGUCAGGUGUUGGUACAAACCCUAAUUGGGAUUUCCACUUUGUCUUUUAGCCAAAGCCUUUGCUUACGCCGGGAGCUGCUGCCAGGACAGCUCUCUGUUCGCCCAGAGCGGGAGGCUCCCUGAGGACAUCUAUGCGGACAAGAGGACGCCGAUCGGGACCGACUACGUCCGGAGGAGCAUCAUAAUCGAGGUGAGCAGAUCCCAGCAGCAGGGCCUGCCCAGGGUUGGCCCCUCAAUCGCUUAAUUUCCCCCCCGAGUGCAGAAUGAAUUGAGGGCAAGACCCGAUUCAAUGCGCCACAUUCUCUUAGACUGCCCUUUGCGCAGCAGACCUCGCCAACUGAUGCUGAGCAAAAUGUCGGACCUCCGGCCCAUAACUCCGAGAAGAAGCCAAAUGAGUCUCUCCUGGCAGACCGGGACAAAGAUAUCACUGCUUUGGUAGCUUCCUUUUUAGCCACAAUUUCACCCGAAAGGAUUCCCAACGAACCAUCCUUGUUGGGGAACAGGCAGGGCAAAGCAGAAUAUCCAAAUGCACACAAUCACAGCUUUAUGACCUUUGACAGCUUCACCCUGGUCCUUUUCAUUAUCCCGGUGGUUUUAAAUGUUUUAUACUGUGAUGCCUGUAAAGGGAUUUGAUUUGAUUUGAAUCUCUGCGUUGUUCUUUUGCUGUGAUCAUUAAACACUCUUAAACUGGCAAGGGACAAUAAUUUCUUUGGUGGUAAUAAUAAUAAUAAUAAUAAUAAUUGGGCAGCUUCCAACAAGAGAUUAAAAAUACAUUAAAGCAUCAGUCAUUAAGAGCUUCCCUAAACAGGGCUGCCUUCAGAUGUCUUCUAAACUUCAGGUAGUUGUUUAUUUCUUUGACAUCUGAUGGGAGGGCGUUCCACAGGGCGGGCGCCACCACCAAGAAGGCCCUCUGCCUGGUUGCCUGUCACUUCACUUUGGAGGGGUCCAAAAAGUGGGCAAACGGCCCCAGAAGGAGCACACUGUGUCCCCCCAAAGAACACCCCACACACCCCAUGGGCGGCUUAACAUUUACAAGAGAAACACGCUUCAUUGUUCUGCAAGCCUGUGCCAAACCUGCUCACGCCGUCUGCCUCUUAACCCCAAGAUGAUAUCGGGAAUGGCAGCUAAAUUUAGCUAUUUUUGACCAGCACAGUUUUUUAAAAAAUCAAGGUACGCAGGCAAGAACUUUGUCUCCAAAUGUGUGCGCACAAAAGCGGACUGGGGAAACGUCAAUCUCAGCACACUCUCAGAAGCGAAGGAAAUUCGUCUUUCGGAUCCUCGGCAGCUUCACUCGUUGACCCUUUUAAUUAUCCCAGUGUCCGGAAAUGUUUUAUACUGCGAUGCCAAUAAAGGUAUUUGAUUUAUCCACGUUUUCCUUUUAUUUUCCCAGGCAGAGGGCCUCACCAGGGAAUACACCUACAGCGUCUUUUUCUGCCCUAACGGUAAGUUUGAGGUGUAGAAUAUUUUUCUGCCGUAGCCGGAAGUGUUUUCCCCUUCUGGGUACGGACAGCGGUCAUUUCGGACGUGCCACUAUUCUGUCCUGUCUCUCCCAUGACUGGCCAGGUGACUUGAUACAGUAAGCAGCCUUCCUCCCCCAAAAAACUCUGGCAUUCUUGGGUCUUGUGUUCGAAUUGUGAUGCCGCCUGGUGCACAAAGGGGUCCGUUGUGGAACGGGUACAUGUGUUGCGUUUGUACGGAGAAAGACCCCCGUGGGGAAAAUAACCCUGGUCCCCGUUUUAGUCCCCGGCUAGAGAAAAUCCAGGGACGCAGGUGGAGCUGUGGGUUAAACCGCAGAGCCUAGGACUUGCCGAUCAGAAGGUCGGCGGUUCGAAUCCCCGCAAUGAGGGGGUGAGCUCCCGUUGCUCAGUCCCUGCUCCUGCCCACCUAGCAGUUCAAAAGCACGUCAAAGUGCAAGUAGAUAAAUAGGUACCACUCCGGCGGGAAGGUAAACGGCGUUUCCGUGUGCUGCUCUGGUUCACCAGAAGCGGCUUAGUCCUGCUGGCCACAUGACCCGGAAGAUGUACGCCAGCUUCCUCGGCCAGUAAAGUGAGAUGAGCCGGCGCCGCAACCCCAGAGUCGGCCAUGACUGGACCUAACGGUCAGGGGUCCCUUUACCUUUACUUUAGAGAAAAUCCACAUUUUCACCCCCAACAAAUACGAGUACCAGUACGUGAGGAAGCCGGCUUGGAUGGGGCAUUUCGAGGUGUCCGUCAAAGCCCACCACAACGCCCACCUGGCCCUGUCGGCCGGACCCCACGACAUGGCCGAGAUGACGGAGAUCGUGAUCGGGGGCCGCCAGAACUCCAAGACCUGGAUCUCGACCAGCAAGAUGGGGGAGCCCGUGGCCAGCGCAGAGACGCCCGCCAUCCUCUCCUGGGACGAGUUCCGGAGCUUUUGGGUCAGCUGGGCCAACGGGGUCGUCCAGGUGGGAAAUUUGGGCAUCUCCAGAGGUGGGGGCAAUGUUGGGAGGGGGGUUUCUAGAAGCCCAGAAAGCAUCCCUGACUGCACGGAAAUUUUCUUACCGGGGGGGGGGGGCAUUCAGCUGAGAUUUAUUUUAUUUUAUUUUAUUUUAUUUUACUUUUUAUUUUAUUUUAUUUUAUUUUAUUUUAUUUUCAUUAUUUAUUUAUUGUGCUUUUAGAUUACUUUAUUUAACUUAAAAGGGAAAGGAAAAACAUAACACAAAAUCAUCCAUUACAAACAAACAUCAAAAAAUUGUCCAUAUCUCUUACACCUUAUCACCUUCUAGUUCCGUUGACUUCCCGCCAACUCCUUAUAGCUUUAAAUUUAUAUUUAAUAAUAAUAAUAAUAAUAAUAAUAAUAAUUUAUUUUCUAGUUCCAUUGACUUCCCGCCAACUCCAUCUAGCUUUAAAUUUAUAUUUAAUAAUAAUAAUAAUUUAUUAUCUGUACCCUGCCCAUCUGGCUGGGUUUCUAGCGCACUGUUUGUGUCUAUAUUAAAUAACUAAGUCUGAAGGCAGACCUGGCUACAAAUAUGUACAUGCGGAUCUGCCCCAUAUGGGGGAAUAAUCCCAGUGCUUCUGAGAGCUAGCAGAGCAGUCCUAGCUAAAAGCUGGUCAAACGAAGAAGGAAGUCAAAAAGAGGGAAGGGUGAUGCGUGACUCGUCCUUUUGUUACCUGGGCAGGUGAGGUCACGCCCAUCUUCUGUCACAUGCAAAAGGAAGGAUGCUCCAGCCAGGAGGAACAGGAAGUUUCGACCGGCUGGACCAAACAUUCCCUCACAUGUCUUCUCUAGCAUUACAAGGAAUGUUGUACUUGACUGCCUCUCAUGGAUCACACUUAAUGAAACGGUUGGGAUUUGUCCCCUAAUGUGAGUCCCUCGAUGGGACCCCGGGAGCAAAGGGGGGGUUCCUGAUGGCCGGUGUGUCUCCCCCCUUCCCCGCAGGUGGGCCACGGCCCCUCCGCCCUCAACGAGUCGGUCAUCGUGAGCUGGGCGCCCCCCCGGCCGCUGGACGUGAAGUACGUGGGGUUCUCCACUGGCUGGGGCUCGGUCGGCGAGUUCAAGAUCUGGAGGAAGAAGGAGGCGGACGAGAACCACAACGAGGCUUUCACGCUGGGCGUCCCUCACAACGUCAUCCCCGGGUCGGAACGGGCUACCGCCUCCGUCAUCGGUACUGGACGGUGCAGGCGGAUGAGCUGGGAGGGUGCCAAAUUCCUGCAUGUUUGCUUGCUAAACUAGUCGGGGAAAGUACCGUAUUUUUUGCUCUAUAAGACUCACUUUUUCCCUCCUAAAAAGUAAGGGGAAAUGUGUGUACGUCUUAUGGAGCGAAUGCAGGCUGCGCAGCUAUCCCAGAAGCCAGAACAGCAAGAGGGAUCGCUGCUUUCACUGCGCAGCGAUCCCUCUUGCUGUUCUGGCUUCUGGGAUUCAGAAUAUUUUUUUUCUUGUUUUCCUCCUCCAAAAACUAGGUGCGUCUUGUGGUCUGGUGCCUCUUAUAGAGCGAAAAAUACAGUUACAGGUUUUGCAUACAAAAACAAACGGAAACUUCAUUCGCACCGGCCAGCAGCCAUAGCAAUAACACAAAAAUGGAACAUACAGUGGUCCCUUGGUUCUCAAACUUCAUCCGUUCCAAAACCAAAGCGUUCCCAAUCCAAGGCACAUUGCUUUCCCAUAGAAAGUUAUGCAAAACAGAUUAAUCCGUUCCGGACUUUUAAAAACAACCCCUAAAACAGCCAUUUAGCAUGAAUCUUCCUAUCCGACGAGACCAUCGAUCCAUAAAACGAAAGCAAGAAUCAAUGUACUGUACUAGAAAAUAAAGAAGGCAGUAUUGUAGAUGAUAAACAUUACAAUUUAUUUUUUCGUCUUCACCUGCACUGAUGAUAGUCAUUGUUUGGGAUUUUAUCCAUUUCCGCAGUCACACAAUCCAUCCAUCAGUAGCCGAACUGGGUUUCCACGCAGUCACAAAAACGAAUGAACCAAAAAAGCCUCAAAAACAAAAACACAAAAUAAAGAGCGAAAACAAAAGCACCAAACUUAAUCCGUUCCAGAAGUCCAUUUGACUUCCGAAAUGUCCGGAAACCGAGGCGCGGCUUCUGAUUGGCGCAGGCGCCCCGGAAACAAUAGCCGACAGCCGUGUUGGACGUCCGGCUUCCGAAAAUCGUUCAAAAACCAGAACAGCCACUUCUGGGUUUUGAUUGUUCAGGAGCUGAUUUGUUUGGGAGCCAAGGUGUCUGGGAACCAAGGUACCACUCUGUGUAACGUUGGGGAAAUGCAAAAUAAAUGGCUUAAAUUUCUGUCGUCUUGCUUGCCCGCAGGGGACGUGAUGGGCCCGACCCUUAACAACUUGGACAACCUCUUGCAACUGCCUUUCGGCUGCGGGGAACAGAAUAUGAUCCAUUUUGCACCUAAUAUCUUCGUCCUCAAGUACCUGCAAAAAACACGGCAGCUCAGCCCCGAGGUGGAAAGGGAGGCUACAGAUUACCUGGUGCAAGGUUAGAGCUCCAUGGGGCAGCUUUAUUUAUUUCUCUCUCUCUCUUUUUUAUUAAAUUUUCCUCUUUACAAUUUAAAACGCUCCUUUUUACAUCCCGGAGAUAUCCACAACUCCCUUUCUUCUCUUUCCACGGUUCAUUUUGCACAUCAUAAAUCCCUGCAUAUUUUGCAUAAACUGCGCUGUUCGGUUAUUCCAUUGUUCCAACCAUAUUUACGCUGGUAAAUUUAUCUGAAUGCUGCCAGUGUUUUCAAGUGUACACUAUUUCCCCCCAUAAAUUCAAUAAACAUUUUCCAGUCUUCUCUAAACUUCUUCUUGUUCUCUUAUUCUAUAUGUUAAGCCCAAAGGUUGUGCAUAUUCCAUCCUUCUUCUUUAGUCGGACCUCGCCUCCCGCCAUCUUUUAAGCUCUCUGUGUGAAUGUUCUGGGGGGCAGGAGAGGAUAUAUUGUUUAUUCAUAUCCCUCCUAAACUUGUGCUAGCAAGUUCCUUUAUGCAGCAGUUACAUCCCCCCUUUCACAUGCACAGCAGAUAGUUGGUCGCAGGCUCGUGUGAGCCUCUCACUAUUAUACAAUUCGGUCUGUCUCAGAUUGAAUUGUACGUUCCUGGUAAAUUCCCUUGAAUCCCUCUUAAAAGAAUAAAGCUGCCACAAUCUUAUUCAAAGUCAAUGAAAGAAGUUGACUCACAUCAGUUCACAGUUGGAUUCCUGGAGGCAGACUUAGUUACAAAGAUGUACAUGUGGAUCUGCCCCAUAUGGGGGGAUAAUCCCAGUGCUUCUAGGAGCUAGCAGAACAGUCCUAGCUAGAAGCUGGUCAAACGAAGAAGGAAGUCAAAAAGAGGGAAGGGUGAUGUGUGACUCGUCCUUUUAUUACCUGGACAGGUAAGGUCACAUGCAAAAGGAAGGAUGCUCCAGCCAAGAGGAACAGGAAGUUUCGACUGGCUGGACCAAACAUUUCCUCCCAUGUCUUCUCUAGCAUUGCAAGGAAUGUUGUACUUGACUGCCUCUCACGGAUCCUGUCCCAUGCUCUCUCCGCAGGGUACCAGCGCCAGCUGACCUAUAAGAGGCAAGACGGCUCCUACAGUGCCUUUGGCGAGAGGGAUUCCUCAGGGAGCAUGUGGUAAGGAGGCAAGCGGGGUCCUUGGCAGGGAAGGGGGACCGGCUGCCCGCUGGCAUGGGCUGCCCCUGGGGGGCUUUCCGGGUGCCCAGACGACAACGCCCUCCUCUCUCUUGCCAGGCUCACCGCCUUCGUUCUGAAGUCCUUUGCCCAAUCGCGCGGGUUCAUCUUCAUCGACCCCAAGGAGCUCUCGGCUGCCAAGGACUGGCUCAUCCGGCACCAGAAAGAGGACGGAUCGUUCCCGGCACGAGGGCGGAUUUUGAACAAGGACAUCCAGGUAUCGGAAAAGGGGCGGGAGGCCGGGGCAAACGCUAAAAACGCUGUAUUGUUUUUAAUACUUGAUUGGGAGCAGCCCAGAGUGGCUGGGGAAACUCAGCCAGAUGGGCGGGGUAUAAAUAAUAAAUUAUUAUUAUUAUUAUUAUUAUUAUUAUUAUCAUUAUUAUUAUUAUUAGGGCUGGCCGAUAGCCUGCUUUUCGGCAUUGCGAUAUGUCGCCAGCUAAACAUUGCAGCACACUGGUAUAUCACAAUAUAUCAAUAUACCAUCCUUUUUCGUGUAUAAGACUAGUUUUUUUUUUUUAAUACAAAAAUCAUGUUUAAAAUUGGGGGUCAUACAUGGGGAAUCCCCCCCUUUUCUUAAUUUCGAGUCCCCCCAAAUAGGGGGUGUCUUAUACAGGGGGCGUGUUGUACACGUAAAAAUAUGGUAUCAGGGUCAACCUCUUGGUAUGUCGCGAUAUAUCGGUAUACUGAUAUAUCGCGAUGUCUGCCAAUCUGGGGGGUUUUUUUGUGUGUUUUUCGAAUUCCAGGGAGGAAUCCACGGGAAAAUAUCGCUGACGGCGUACGUGGUCGCCGCCCUGCUGGAGACAGGAGUCGCCUCCGAGGUAAAACUCAAUGUUAAAACUUGGAGGGGCUGGGAUUCCCUUUUUUGGGGGCGCUUAGAAGCCAGGGUGUGGCGGGUGGUGCAAAAAGAGACCCCCAGACUUUGAAAACACUUGCUCAUCUUGAUCUGCCAAGAGAAAGGUCACUGGGCCAGUGGCUGAGCGACCCGGAAUGGGUGAUAAAAGAGGGGUGAUCAUCUCAUUCCUCAAGUCUUUAUCAAGAGGGCAAGCCAGAAGGGCAUGCGCCACCGAUUCGGGACUGCCAUCUCUGCAGGGACGUUUUUCGUGUGGCAUCUGUUGGCAUCGUCCCUCAAGUCCAGCCGAGGGCAAAACAUUCAAUCUUGCGAGAGUCAAAGGGUGCCAGAGAGUCGAAAUGGGAAGGUAGAAAAUAGUCAUGCCAUGGCAAAAUUUCCUUAUAGUGGCCCAGUUGUUCCGACGCUCGAGAUCAUUUAGGCCAGGCAUAGGCAAACACGGCCCUCCAGAUGUUUGGGACUACAACUCCCAUCAUCCCUGACCGCUGGCCCUGUUAGCUAGGGGUGAUGGGAGUUGUAGUCCCAAAACAGCUGGAGGGCUGUGUUUGCCUAUGCCUGAUUUAGGCGCUGACAAAUUGGCCUGUUUGCUUUGCUGGAACCCAAAGUGAGCGGCUGAUGUGAGGAUAAACCACCGGGGUGAAGUUUUUUGAGGAAGACAAUUUUAGCAGCUCAAAGAAUCCCUGCCGGGGGAAAACCUCAGAGGUAGGGGGACCUGAGAGUCCGCCGGAUUUGGGGUUUUCUUCCCCCGCUCUCACCUUCCUUCCCGGCAUAGGAAGAAAAGAGUUCUGUGGCGAAGGCCAAGCACUUUUUGGAAUCCAACUUCUUCUUGGCCGAAGACCCCUACACGGCCGUGCUGACCGCCUAUUCGCUCACGCUCCUGCGAAGCCUGUCUGCGCCCGCCGCCCUGCGGAAGAUGAACGCCAUGGCGCUCACGCAAGGUGAGUCAGCCGCCCGGCCGCCUUAUUCUGCAAUAAUAAUAAUAAUCAUCAUCAUCAUCAUUAUUUAUUAUUUGUACCCCGCCCAUCUGGCUGGGUUUCCCCAGCCACUCUGGGCGGCUUCCCACAAAGAUGAAAAAUACAUUAAAAUGUCACACAUUAAAAACUUCCCUGAAACUUCAGAUGUUUCACCUUGUUUACCGUAUUUUUCGCUCUAUAAGACGCACCAGACCACAGGACGCACCUAGUUUUUGGAGGAGGAAAACAAGAAAAAGAAUAUUCUGAAUCCCAGAAGCCAGAACAGCAAGAGGGAUCGCUGCGCAGUGAAAGCAGCAAUCCCUCUUGCUGUUCUGGCUUCUGGGAUAGCUGCGCAGCCUGCAUUCGCUCCAUAAGACGCACACACAUUCCCCCUUACUUUUUAGGAGGGAAAAAGUGAGUCUUAUAGAGCAAAAAAUACGGUUUAUGUUUCAAGAGUUUCCAAAUUUAACAUUGAACGAAAGCCGUUGAAAUAACCGCUCGACCCAACGGAGGCUUCCCCCAAAUUUAGCAGGGAAACACAACUCCAAUUGGCCCUUUGCAAACAGCAGAAAGUCUGAACCAACUUUGCGGCUGUUCCCAAUCCUACCUGUAUUUUUACACCUUUGCAAUAACUCCAAAUAUUCUACCAGAGGUUUCCAACCCUCCUUAAAGUCUGCCUGGUUUUGCUAGUUAAGAUUUGACAAUGUGAAUUUGAAUUUUAUUAUUACGGUCGCAGACCAGUUCCGGCUUACUUACAAUAUCGGAAAAAUCAAACACAACAGGAACACAUUGAAUUGCAAUUGGGUUUAACAGAGACAAUUCAGGUAUAACAGCAGUUUUAAAUACACAUUAAAUCUUGAUCGCUAAAUUAUAACCUAAAAUUGUCAUUUAAAACCUUAAUUAUGAUUUGCCAAUGUGGCGUAUUCCAUUUCAAGCACUGUUCUGUUUUGGGGGGUGCUGCUUCGCCUCGCCAUUUCUGAGCUUAUAAUACCCCCGCUGCCAUCGUUCCAGAUAACAGAAAUAAGUUCACCUGCCUUUUGGGGACAUCCGUCGCAGUUAUCCCUAAGAGAAAUACUUCUGGGUUGCUUUCCCCACCCGGGAGACUCACCUUAAAUAUUCUCUUUCAUCCGUUAUAUAAAUCUCCCCAAAACCCUUAACCACUCAGGUGCCCGGCUGCCUCAGCAAGACCCUCCCUCUCUUUCCUCACCCGUUCUGUGCCUGCUGAGGACCCCCGGGGGCACCCGUUUGAGGUCCUUGUCGGUCACUUGCAAAAUCGGCCCAUUCCGGAUUUGCGCCGCCCUCCUCCAUAUUGCAUGGGAGGCGGGUGGCGCUGUGGGUUAAACCACAGAGCCUAGGGCUUGCCGAUCAGAAGGUCGGUUCAAAUCCCCGUGACGGAAUGAGCUCCCGUUGCUCGGUCCCUGCUCCUGCCCACCUAGCAGUUCGAAAGCACAUCCAAGUGCAAGUAGAUAAAUAGGUACCGCUCUGGCAGGAAGGUAAACGGCGUUUCCGUUCGCUGCUCUGGUUCGCAGAAGCGGCUUAGUCCUGCUGGCUACAUGACCCAGAAGCUGUACGCCGCUCCCUUGGCCAGUAAAGCGAGAUGAGCGCCGCAACCCCAGAGUCGGUUAUGACUGGACCUAACGGUCGGGGGUCCCUUUACCUUUUGCCCUGUCCUCUACUGGACUGUUGGGAGCUCCCCUCCAAAAAUAAAAUGAUAUAUAUAUUGUAUUACUUAUGCAAACUGAUUUUCUCUGGAAUUAAAGAUCUGACUGGGACAAACCUUGUUAUGCCGAGCUCGUAUUUUGCACAAUUUGCAUAGGGUGCCUGUUUGAUCAUGUGUGGUUUGCUGUGCCUAAUAAAGGAUUGACUUUAAAAAAUAAAAUAAAAGAUUCCGAGUUUACCCUGACCCACCUCCUGUUUUCCAGACGGCUUCACCCACUGGAGUCUUAUGGGCACCCUGGCGACGGACGAGGACACAUUCAUGGGCUUCAACGAUGGGCUCUCCCAGUCUGGUGAGUCUCCGCAGUUUGCAAGGGCGAAACGUUAAUAAGAGAAGGGUCUCUUAUUUCCUCUGGGGUUGUGGGGGCAUUUGAGGGUAGCGGGUGCGGAUUCUGCAAAGACGUGGAGAGCGGGUUGGUGUCAAGCCAGGAGUGCAGGUUGCUGGAGGGCAGAAAAGGACUAUUGACUCGGGGGGGGGGGGGUCCUGCCCCCCAAUUCCCCGCUCUUCUCCACCACCCCCUGCAGUGGUGUCGGCCGAAGUCGAGAUGACAGCUUACGCCCUCUUGACGUACACCGCCCUGGGGGACGUGGCGUCGGCGCUGCCCGUCGUCAAAUGGCUCUCGCAGCAGAGGAACGCCCUGGGGGGGUUUUCCUCCACCCAGGUGAGCCCCGUCCGAAUCUGAGAGGGGAGAAAACGCCCAGAUGGAGGGAGCCCCCUAAAGGAGGGGGUGGGAAGUGCGGCAGCAGGGAUCAUCGGGUCGGGGACCGAGGGGUUAAUCCUGCCAGGGGUGUGGCAGAGGAAGGGUUGCCCAGCAACCGGCCAGAGCGGCAUGAUGCUUGCUGCGGUCAUUUCAUAGCUCAGUUGGGAGACCGGGAAACUGAACCGUGGGGUCGUGGAUUCGAAUCUCCCAUCGGGCGAACAUUCCCUUGCAUCGCAGGGGGUUGGGCUGGAUGACCGUUGGGUCCCAACUCUGUGAUUCUAUUAUUCAUUUGCACAGCACUUUUUUUCAGGGGGGGACACAGGCAAACAAGCCUUUCAACAGUCACAAUCCAGUAAUUCUGUGGUAAUGGAUGCGCCAAACAUUGGGAUGGACUAUUUUGUUCCUGCAACAGCGGUUGACUUUUCUUAUUUGCAGAAAGGCUUGUUUGCCUCUUUGAUACUGAUUGACGGCUUUCUCUAAUUUUGUCCAUGCAAUUGAUGAUGAUUAUUUUUGUGUGACCCCAUUACCUAUUUUCUCUUUAAGAAUUGUGAAACAAUUGUCGAACAAAUACUUUGUUCGAACAUGUUUGGGCGCGUGUUGCCUGCGGUUGCUUAGAGUUGCAAGUGCGUUGGGCUGGAUGAUCUCUGGGGGUCCCAACUCUGCGGUUCUUUUUAUUCUCCCUCCCCACCACCGCCCACAGGACACCUGCGUGGCCCUCCAGGCGUUGGCCGAAUACGCCAUCCUGUCGUACGUCGGAGGCGUCAACCUCACAAUCUCUCUGGCCUCCACCAACUUGGACUACCAAGAGACGUUCGAGCUGAACCGGGGCAACAAGAAGCUAUUGCAGACGGCCAGGGUAUAAAAAGGGGUUUCCCACCCUGGGGUGGUUGGGUAGAAGGGGCUCUGGGCUCCCGGGGGGCGCCCGGUCUCCGCCUGGGGGUUUGCGGAGAGGGUCAGUGGUUCGAUUCGCACGGUCCUGGGUUCGUUUUCCGACGAUGCCCAACGGAGCUGCGAAAGACGUCCUUCCAGGCGUGAAUUCCUGCUGCUGCUGCCGGCCCGUGUGGGCAAUACUGAGGUCUAUGUUUCCUCGACAGAUCCCUUCCCUCCCCACGGGGCUGUUUGUGAGCGCCAAGGGAGACGGCUGCUGCCUCCUGCAGGUGAGGGUCUCCCUGGACUCGGGGUCUUCGGUUCCUGGGCUGGGCCUCGUUCUGUAUCCUACUACCCCCCCCAAAGAAAUCAGAACCCCUGGUAAGCUGCUGCCAGCCUGUACAGACAACGCACACCCAGAUGGAGCGACGGCGUAAGGCUCCGAUUUAAUUAAGCCCUUUCCGGAGAACGGUGAGGACUAGCCCCUUGCUCUGUUUUCAAUGAGGACACCUGCUUGGAGUGCAGAAGGGUCCCAGGUGCAAUAUCCCAACUGUGGAGUUUGUCCUGAGUUUGAAACCCCAGGGAGCUGCUUCUGCCCGUCCGUGUCGGCAACAUGCAUCCCGGCAGACCCGGCGGUCUGUCUCCGUGCGAGGCAGCUUCCCAUCCACUUUUUCCCAUUUUUAAAAUAAUUUUUAUUGGUUCCCAAUCGCAAAAGUCCAAAAUAUGCCUCAUUGUAUCCGUAUCAAAUCACAAUACCCAAUCAAACAUCCAUUAAUCAAAUAUCCAGUUGUAUAAAUUUGGUGGCUAGAAUUACAGGUUUAAUCAUUUUUUAAAAAAAAUUCUGCUCCCAAAGUCUUAUUUAACCCAGUCGUAUUCCGGUCAUAAUAAUAUCCCUUUUACAACAGCUGCAGUAUUUAUAACUUCUAUUUGUAUUCACAUAUUCGAUAAUUUAUUAGUGAAGAUCUAUAUCCUUCCACGGGCAGCUUCCUGUUAAAAUCGGCGUCUCUGCUCUUUCACAAGGACUAGAAACUUAACUUUUUUUUAAUCGUGAGGGCUAGAAGCUUGCCUUUUUAAGGGAAGCUUGGCAUGCAGAAGGGCCUGUGAUUAAAAAAGCAAGUUUCUAUUCCUUGUGAAAGAGCAGAGAAGAAGCUGAUUUAAACGGGACGUUGCCUGAAACCCCGCUGCUGCCGACCCGUGCGGGCAGCACUGAGCCCAGGCACAAUAAACCCGGAGCCCGUUUUCAUUUCCAGAUCGACGUUGCCUACAACGUCCCCGACCCGGUGGCCAAGCCCUCCUUCCAGCUGCUGGUCAACCUGCAAGAGCCCAAGAUGAAGCGGCACCGGAGAGCCCCCCCGCGGCCCCCCAAGCCCGGCCCCCCAGAGGAGACCCCCCAGCGCAGGGCUGAGCAGGCGCUGGGGGACGACGACGACCCGGCUGCCGACCAGGACCAGCAGGAGUACCGGGUGAUGGUGGAAGCCUGCAUGAGGUGAGCUUGGGGUGGGGGCUCGGGGGGGGGCUGACGGUGCUGGCCUACCUUGCAUAGGCUGGCAUAGAUAGAUAGAUGAUAGAUAGAUAGAUAGAUAGAUAGAUAGAUAGAUAGAUAGAUGGAUAAUAUUUUGGAAAUGUACAUCCAGUUGUUGUUUUUUCCUUUAAUUUUUGGGGGACCCCCAAGCGAGGGGGCGCAAAGCUAGAGAUUGUUGAGCUUAUAUAUCUAUCCAGCAUAGAUAGAUAGAUAGAUAGAUAGAUAGAUAGAGAUAGAUAGCUGGUUGGAUAGAUGUUAGAGAUAGAUAGAUAGAUAGAUAGAUAGAUAGAUAGAUAGCCGGUUGGAUAGAUGAUAGAGAUAGAUAGAUAGAUAGAUAGAUAGAUAGAUAGAUAGAUAGAUAGAUAGCUGGUUGGAUAGAUGAUAGAGAUAGAUAGAUGAUAGAUAGAUGAUAGAUAGAUAGAUAGAUAGAUAGAUAGAGAUAGAUAGCUGGUUGGAUAGAUGAUAGAGAUAGAUAGAUAGCCGGUUGGAUAGAUGAUAGAGAUAGAUAGAUAGAUAGAUAGAUAGAUAGAUAGAUAGAUAGAUAGAUAGACAGAUAGAUAGAUAGCUGGUUGGAUAGAUGAUAGAGAUAGAUAGAUAGAUAGAUAGAUAGAUAGAUAGAUAGAGAUAGAUAGCUGGUUGGAUAGAUGAUAGAGAUAGAUAGAUAGAUAGAUAGAUAGAUAGAUAGCCGGUUGGAUAGAUGAUAGAGAUAGAUAGAUAGAUAGAUAGAUAGAUAGAUAGAUAGAGAUAGCUGGUUGGAUAGAUGAUAGAGAUAGAUAGAUAGAUAGAUAGAUAGAUAGAUAGAUAGAGAUAGAUAGCUGGUUGGAUAGAUGAUAGAGAUAGAUAGAUAUAGAUAGAUAGAUAGAUAGAGAUAGAUAGCUGGUUGGAUAGAUGAUAGAGAUAGAUAGAUAGAUAGAUGAUAGAUAGAUAGAUAGAUAGAUAGAUAGAUAGAUAGAUAAAGGUAAAUGGACCCCUGACCAUUAGGUCCAGUCAUGGCCGACUCUGGGGUUGCGGCGCUCAUCUCGCUUUACUGGCUGAGGAAGCCGGCGUACAGCUUCUGGGUCAUGUGGCCAGCAGGACUAAGCUGCUUCUGGCGAACCAGAGCAGCACAUGGAAACGCCGUUUACCUUCCUGCCAGAGCGGUACCUAUUUAUCUACUUGCACUUGGACGUGCUGGCCUACCUCGCAGGGGGGAGAGGAAGGCACUGCCAGGGCCGUCCCGUACGGGAAUCGAACCCACAACCUUGGCGGCGUCAGCACCAGGUUCUAACUGAGAUACUGUAUUUUUCGCUCCAUGAGACGCACUUUUUUCUUCCUAAAAAGUAAGGGGAAAUGUCUAUGCGUCUUAUAGAGCGAAUGCGUGGUCCCUGGAGCUGAAUUGCCCAGGGGCAAAAAGCAGAUUUUCUAGAAAGAGGGAAGUGGGUGUCGAAACAAAACUGCUGAUCGUUUGCCGAUGGGGAGAGAGAUAAGGGACGCUAGAGAUAAAGGAGGCUGCCUGGGAGGGGGGAGGUAAAGACAGCAAACUUGCAAAGGGGGGAAACAAGAAGACUAAAGUAAUGAGGAGAGAAAUGAGAAGAAAAAGAGGAGCGAAAAACUGCUCCAGCUAAGGAGAAGACACUAAGGCAAACAAGAGGGAAAGGAAGCAGCUGAUUGGUAAGCGAUCGGGAGGGAGAUAAGGGACGCUAGAGAUAAAGGAGGCUGCCUGGGAGCAGGGAGGUAAAAGCCCCUGGAUCCUCAGGAUUUUUGCACUGGGUCACCCCAAAUUCACCAUCAGAUCACAUGUCUGUGGCCACAGCAGGAACCACAAUAAUCAUACCUCCACUGUUUCGUUCAGAAUAUUUUUUUCCUUGUUUUCCUCUAAAAACUAGGUGCAUCUUAUGGUCAGGUGUGUCUUAUGGAGCAAAAAAUACGGUAAAAAAACCCCGGAGCACCGUUGCUGCCAGCCAGUGUUGGCACACAGAGCAGUGGUCUCCCUCGGUAGAACCUCAAUUUUUAGAGGGAGGCUGGGGAGGCACACAGCCUUCCUGGGCUAGUUGGACUCAGUCAAAGGCGGCUCCCUCAUACCCACGAAAUCCUUUCUUCCUUCUCUUCUCCCUUCGGCCUCCCUCCCUGCGGACCCCCGGCUGCCUCUGGGGCAGGUGGCUGCAUUUGGGGUCUUCCAACAUGGCCGUCCUGGAGGUCCCCCUCUUCUCGGGCUUCCGAGCCGACCUGGAAAGUCUGGAGCAGGUAAGCGCCCGCCCCAGCUGCGCACCCUGGCUGCGCAUCUCUGGGGUCUCUGGGGUCAUCUAGCCCAACCCCGGGCAAGUUGGGGGCAGACCCAGCCGCCAGGUCCGGCUGACCCCUUUCCCCCCCCUCUCCUUUUCCGCCUCUCCCAGCUCCUCUCCAACAAGCAGAUCGGCCUGAAACGCUACGAGGUGGACGGCCGGAAAGUCCUCUUCUAUUUCGACGAGGUGAGUCCAGCUGGCAGGGGAGCCACCACUCGGAAGGCCCUGCCGGAAGCGGGGGAAAUCCUGGGGUGGGGUCAGGGGGGUGGGUGGCCCCCUUUGGGAGGAAAUGGGGGAUUUGGAGGGCUGGACCCCCCCCCCCAAAGACGAGAGGGCUUAAAUUGCCGUUUAGACAUAGGGGAGCAGCUUUGGCUCACUUUUUUACUCUUCUGGGUAGAAUUCCUUUAUAAUUUUAUUUUCCCUUUCUUCGUUGUGCAAUUAUUUCAAUGAAAAACAACCUCUUUGCAUAAUCAAUCUUUGACUUCCCUCCUUUCUGCACAGUUACUUAUUUUUAUAUCCCCCCCCCCCCCCACGGCGUCUCUGAUUCAAAUCUAAUUUCCCAUUAGACUCCCUUUUAGUUUAAUUUCUCAACGGCACAAGUUUAAGCCAACCUGACUAAUGUUUUAAGUUGUCUGCAUCUAAUCAGUAAUUCUCUAUCGGAUUUUUAAAAGUCUCUCUCCUUCGUUUCUUAUUCUUCCGGUACAUUUCUGCAUAUUCCAUCCGUUUUCAUUGCCAGUCCUCCGUUGUAACUUGUUUCUUUUAUUCCAUGGGGUAGGGUUUGUGUGUGUUCCUUCCCGCCCCGCCCCCCCGGCUGUGAUAUAUCACCAGCUAAACAUCACAAUAUACCGAUACGUCACUUCAAACUGAUUUGGGAUGAUAAAUCGAUAUAUCGCCCAACCCUACUACCUAAGGUAGAAAAAGUAUAUUUAAAGAAUUGCAGCUGUGGCUCCGCCCCCGUUGGCCCCCGGCCCCACACACCCCAGCAUGUGGCCCCAGGAACAUCACCCGUCAGCUUCCGAACACAAGAGGCGGCCCUAUUUUACGGGAAGGUUGUGGGUUUGGGGUGGCUGCCCCCCUCCGUGGUGGGUUGGCGGGGGCCGCGUAAAACGGCCCUCGGGACCUCACCGAAUCGCCUCCUCCCCAGAUCCCGAGCCAGUGCGUGACCUGCGUCAAAUUCGUGGCCUUCCGGGAAUACGUCGUGGGGAAGACGGCCCCCGUCCCCAUCAAAGUGUACGACUACUACGAACCAGGUACGUCGGACCCACCUGUGCCCCCCGCCCCCCCCCCCCCGCCGCUGGCAGCCCCCUCUUCUGACCCGCCUCUCGCACCCGCAGCCUUCGAAGCCACCCGCUUCUACAACGUCAGCGAGAACAGCCCCCUGGCCCGGGAGCUCUGUGACGGCCCCCUCUGCAACGAGGUGGAGAGCGGCGCCAGCCACUGGGUCGGUGAGUCCCGAAGGCGGGCGGGCGGGCGGGCGGCUAGUCUCACAGGUGCAGCCCCUUCUUGUGCCUGCCAGGCUCAGAAAUGCUGCUCUGCCCUUUCCCCCUUCAAAAAAAUGGCUUAGAAAUCUCAGAGGUAAAGGGCAGGUGCUGGCAUGGCACGAAAGGAAAGAGAGCGAGGAGGGAGGAGGAAAAAGGAAAGGUGGCCCAGUGGUUAAGUUUGGCAGCGGGUCUUUCGCAGGGGGAUGUCACAGGGCCAGAUCAGAAUGGGCAUAUACAGUGGGAUCUUGGAUCUCAAACGCUCUGGUUCCCAAACUCUGAAAACCCAGAAAUAAGUGUUCCAGUUUCCGAACGGUUUUUGGACGCCGGACGUCCAACAUGGCAGUCGGCUAUUGUUUCCGGGGCGCCUGCGCCAAUCAGAAGCUGCGCCUCGGUUUCCGAACAUUUCAGAAGUCAAACUGACUUCCAGAACGGAUUAAGUUUGGUGCUUUGGUUUUCACUCUUUAUUUUGCAUUUUUGUUUUUGAGGCUUUUUCGGUUCAUUUGUUUCUGUGGCUGCGUGGUACCCAGUUCAGCUACUGAUUGAUUGAUUGAUUGAUUGAGGGAUUGAUUGAUUGAUUGAUUGUGUGACUUUGGAAAUGUAUAAAAGCCCCCCAUCCAAGUAAUGGCUAUCAUCAGUGCAGGGAAGAAAACAACUAAAUUUUCAUUUUUAUCAUCUACAAUACCAUCUUACUUAUUUUAUAGCACAACACAUCAUUUAUUGCUUUCAUUCUAUGGAUCAGUGGUCUCAUUAGAUAGUAAAAUCUGUAAAAUUGCUGUCUUAGGGGCUGUUUUUAAAAGCCUGGAACAGAUUAUUCCGUUUUGCAUGACUUUCUAUGGGAAAGCGCUGUCUUGGUUUUGGAACGCUUUGCUUUUGGAACGGACUUCCAGAACGGAUUCCGUUUGAGAACCAAGGGACCACUGUAUUAUUAUUAUUAUUUAUUAUUAUCAAUGGUCUGGUUAGAUAGUAAAAUUCAUGUUAAGUUGCUGUCUUAGGGAAUUGCUUUUAAAAGUCCGGAACGGAUUAAUCCGUUUUGCAUGGGAAAGCAGUGCGCCUUGGUUUGAAAACGCUUUGGUUUUGGAACGGAAUUUCUGGAACGGAUUAAGUUUGGGAACCAAGGGACCACUGUAUAAGAGGGAAAGUGAUCACACAGGCGAACUUCCAGCCUGGCAGCGGGUUGGACUAGAUGACCGCUGGGGGUCCCUUCCAUGGUUCUGCACCCGGUUUCUCUCCCUGCCUGCCCAGGUUUCGUCCACACGGGGCUCUGCAACAGCCUCUCGGGCUGCCAGGAGGAAGGCUACUUUGAGCAGUGCGAGUGUUCGCGGGAUUGCGGCUCCGGCGGGGACCCCGUCUGCGGCUCCGACGGCCUGGUCUACCCCAACCACUGCCAGAUGGAAGUGGCCGCUUGCGGGAACGGCACUCGGAUCGAGCAAGUCCCCCUGGCCCAGUGCGCGGCCGGUAAGUCGCUCUUCCGGGGCCGUUUCCGCCCUAACUUGAUUUUUGAAUUUUAUUGUUAUUCAUGUUUUUAUACUGUAUUUUAUGCUGCUUUUAUAAUUAAGUGUUUAAAGGUGUUUUAGGGACGCGGGUGGCACUGUGGGUUAAACCACAGAGCCUAGGGCUUGCCAAUCAGAAGGUCGGCCGUUUGAAUCCCUGCAAUGACGGGGUGAGCUCCCGUUGCUCGGUCCCUGCUCCUGCCAACCUAGCAGUUCGAAAGCACGUCAAAGUGCAAGUAGAUAAAUAGGCACUGCUCCGGCGGGAAGGUAAAGGGCGUUUCUGUGUGCUGCUCUGGUUCACCAGAAGCGGCUUAGUCCUGCUGGCCACAUGACCCGGAAGCUGUACGCCGGCUCCAUCGGCCAAUAAAGCGAGAUGAGCGUCGCAAUGCCAGAGUCGGCCACGACUGGACCUAACGGUCCGGGGUCCCUUUACCUUUAAGGUGUUUUAAAUUUGUUGUUAGCCACCAUGAGCCCGGUUUUUGAACCGGGAAGGGUGGGGUAUAAAUAAAAUUUAUUAUUAUUAUUAUUAUUAUUAUUAACCACAGCCAUUGCCCUAGGAAUAAGUUACAUUACGGACUGGAGAAUGGGUUGGUGUAAAUAGCUGCACCGUUAAAUCUUCUUACAUUCUUAUCAUUUCUAUACCAAUGGAAGUCAAGGCCUUCUGUAUGCCAAGCAGGUGUUCUUGUUGCCCAGCUAAGCGCCACCUUCCCCUCAAAAGCAUUUCAAGAUUCCAGUCCUCAGGGUUUCCGAAUUGAGAGGCGGCUUAAAUAGGAGCGUGGGAAGCUGCCUUGACGUGGAGUCGGACCAGGCUCUGGCUCCCCGCUGACCGCACUGACCGCGUUCCUCUCCGCAGGCCAGAAUCACCCGGGAGAGACAGAGCCUGACUUUCGACCUCUGGAACUGCCCGGUGUCUCGGAGCAAGAAACCCCAAUCGGUGAGACCCCUCGACCACUGGACUCUGCCUCCGGAGAUAUAUAUUUUAUAUCUAUCUAUAUCUAUCUAUCUAUCCAUCUAUCUAUCUAUCUCAUCUAUCUCUUUAUAUCUGUCAUCUAUCUAUCUAUCUAUCUAUCUAUCUAUCAUCUCUGUCUAUCUCAUCUAUCUAUAUCUAUCUCAUUUUUCUAUCUCUAUCAUCUAUCUAUCUAUCAUCUAUCUCUUUCUAUCUCUAUCUAUCUAUCUAUCUAUCUAUCUAUCUAUCUAUCCAUCUAUGUAUCAUCUCAUCUAUCUAGAUCUAUCUAUCUAGAUCUAUCUCAUUUUUCUAUCAUCUAUCUAUCAUCUAUCUAUCUAUCUAUCUCAUCUAUCUAUAUCUAUCUAUCUAGAUCUAUCUCAUUUUUCUAUCUAUCAUCUAUCUAUCUAUCUAUCUAUCUAUCUAUAUCUAUCAUCUAUCGAUCUCAUCUAUCUAUAUCUAUCUAUCUCUUUAUCUAUCUCUAUCUCUAUCUAUAUCUAUUUCAUCUAUAUCUAUCUUAUUUUUCUAUCUCUAUCAUCUAUCUAUCUAUCUAUCUCAUCUAUCUCUUUAUAUCUAUCUAUCUAUCUAUCUAUCUAUCAUCUCUCUAUCUUAUCUAUCUAUAUCUAUAGCUAUCUCUAUCUAUCUAUCUAUCUAUCAAUCUAUCAUCUCUUUAUAUCUAUCUGUCUGUCUAUAUAUCUAUCUAUCUAUCAUCUCUCUAUCUUAUCUAUCUAUAUCUAUAUCUAUCUCUAUCUAUCAUCUAUCUAUCUAUCUAUCUAUCAUCUAUCAAUCUAUCAUCUCUUUAUAUCUGUCUAUCUAUCUAUCAUCUAUCUAUCUAUCUAUCUAUCAUCUAUCUAUCUAUCUAUCUAUCAUCUCUCUAUCUUAUCUAUCUAUAUCUAUAGCUAUCUCUAUCUAUCUAUCUAUCCACACACACACACAUUUAUAUCAUCUCAUAAUCAGGCUUCCAAACCGUUUUGCGCUACAGUGGGACCUUGCUUCCCAAACGCCAAAAACCCGGAAGUGAGCUACCACUGGCAAAAAACAAGAGAGCGUGGGAAAGAUUAGAAAUUGGGAAAAGUAACCCUGGAACCGUUCCCUUUUGGCUCUGGGGGAGGGGGGUUCCUGGCCCCGUUUGACCCCUUUUCUCUGCCUUUCAGAGGAAGCCCCCACCUCCCAGCUGGACUUCUCCUACUACUCCUACGAAUACGAAGUCGACCCCUACGCCAUGUCGGAAGGGGACGCCUUUGAGCUGACGGCCCCCAGCAGCACCACGGCGGCAGGAGGGGGCCGGUUUCAGGGGCCGGCGGUGCUCACGGGGGAGUGAAGGGUGAGUGGGGACCCGGGGUGGGGCGGAGGUGGGGCAGGGGCUCGUGACAUCAUCCGCCCCCCCUCCAGCCCACAGGGCAGCAGCAGCCAGGAGCCGGCUGGAUUUAUUGACCUAUAUUUCGAGAAAUAUAUUUACCUCUUAAUUGGAAAAAAAGAGAGGAAAGCCCAGGGCCGGAUUGAGGUUUGAUGCGGCCCUCAGCUCCUGAAUGUAAUGGGGCCUUUUAUAUAUCCAACUGUCCUUUGUCAACAAAAAAUUGUUAUUAUUGUUAUUAGGGGAAGUAAUUUGAUUAAACUAUUACUGAAAUAGGAAUUAGUAAUUAUUAGUUGUUAUUAUCAGGCGGAGUAAUUUGAUUCCGUUCUCAUUUCAAUUAUUAUAAUUAUUAUACUGUUACAGGAAUUAGUAAUUAUUAGUUAUUAAUCAGGGGAGUAAUUUGAUUCCAUUCUCAUUUCAGCAAUAGUAGUAGUAGUAGUAGUAAUAGUGAUCAUCAUCAUCAUCUAUUAAUGAAAUAGAAAUUAGUAAAUAUUAGUUGUUAUUAUUAGGGAGAGUAAUUUGAUUCCGUUCUCAUUUCAAUAAUAGUUGUUGUUGUUUUAUACUAUUGCUGAUAAAGGAAUUGGUAAAUAUUAGUUCUUAUCAUUAGGGGGAGUCAUUUGAUUCUUUUCUCAUUUUAACAAUAGUAAUUAGCAAUUAUUUGUCAUUAUAAAUCAUUAUUAUUAUUGAUAUGGAUUACUUUGGAAUCAAAUCGCACCCCCUAAUCUUUUCCUUCUCCCCCUUUCUUUCUGUUCUCCUCUAGGGCUCCCUUCCCCCAAUCCAGCAGAGGCUGCCCCACGCCGGAGACCCAGCCAGGCUUUCCCCGCCGCCUCUCGAGGCGGAGCCGAAGCCCAGCUGCCCCCCAGGCAAACUUUGCCCAUCCUGCCCGCCCCCCAGGCCCUCCGUGCCAACCCCUUGCCCCCUUGCGCCACGCCAACCCAGGAGCUUUUCUGCCGCAGAGGUGGAGCACGGACUCUCUCCCUCCCCAGCCAAGCCUCGCUCGGAUCCGGACCCUGCUUCCUCCCCACCCCAUCCGGCUUUGAGAGGCAAAGGUGGGCAAGGGGAAGCUGCCUGCCCGUGCCCGGCAAGAUCUCACGGCACCCUCAAGACGCUCCCCGAACCUCACCCGCCCGAACCGCCACCCUCCGUCUGAACUUUUCCACCUCUUUUCUGGUCGCGCUGCGGCGGGUCAGGCUGGAUGACCCCCAGGGGUCCCGACGCCCAGCUCUGCAAUCGAGGAGCCAGGGCUAGGCUUGGGGGGUUUCCUGCCUCCCUGUUCCCACCGGAUUCCUGGAAUCGGCCGUUCAGAAUGUUCCCUUUCUUUCCACUAGGAAACGUUCUCCAUUCUGCAUUUUCGUCCCGCCUUCCUCCCCGAAUGCUUGGUGCAUAAACCUUCCCAGUGAAAAGGCCUUUUUUCCAACCCACCCAGGGGCGCCACACAAGCCCCUUCCCCUCUUGAACCCACAACCCCUGGCUUUUCGCUUUAAAAAGAGCGGGGGCCACAGAGGAAAAGUUCCCCCACAUUGUUGCCAUAUCCCGAGAUACGAGCCGCAACUUGGGGAUUUUCUCUUUUUUUGGGGGGGGUGAGAAACCAGCCUCCCUCCACUUUCCGUGUUUUUUUCUUUGCACAAACACCCCCCGCAACAAUCCCAGGACCCCUCUGCCCCACCUCUGAGCAAGGCAGAAUGUGCCCCCUUCGCUCGGCCGCUACCCAGAACCCUUUUGCUGUGCCGGUAUUUAUUUUGGAAACGGCCAUUCCGCACGUCCCGGGUGGGGGCGACCGAGUGGGGCAGGUGAACCCCACCCCACAGCAUCCGGCAGCCCCUCUCGCUUUCUCCCAUUUCUGCCCUAGACCGGGGACCCCCCCCUCCCAGCACAACCAGCUCCUGCACCCCAGAAGAGCUCGGAGACCCCUGCCCUCCUUCUGCCCCCAGCCCCAUUUCAGUAGGGCGGCCCGCAAACCCGAGGCACCCGGAGGGGGGGCUGCGGACCUCGGCACACGUUUCAGUAGCGAGUUCGAGUGCCCAGGUCGUGGGCGGGGGGCGCGGAAGAAGAAGUUUGAUUUAGAUGUUGAUAAAAUAUUUUAUUAAAAACCGAUGUCU